CAGGAAGUUGACUGGGAGGCCAGCGCUCGUGGGGCCAUGUGAUCGCUGCGCACCGAUUAGGUGGUUGGAUCUGGUGAGCCCUGGGCGAGGGGAGAGGAGGAUGGGAACCCAGCACUGGAAGCAUGUGACAGCCACAUAGUUUUGCACCACCUUCUAGGACAGGAUUUCCACCGAGAAAGAGACCAGAGAGAGGGCUGAGCAGCACCCAGGAAGCAGCAGCAACAGCAGCAACAGCAGCAGCGAGCAUUGCAAGGUAACCGCAGCUGCCCAAAGGGCGAUCCCCAGGGGGAGAAGCGCACUUGCAACCUGCUGCUUGCCUGGGCAGGCUCCAGGGGGCUUGUUUGCCAGGGGCAAAGGCAGUGAGCGGCAGCCGAGCCAGGACCUGGCGGGCGUUUGCAGGGCUGGCACCUGCCGGCCUGGCUGCCAGGUCGGGGGCAGAGGAAGGACCGGGAGCGAGGGGCAGGAGGAAAGGGCUGUGCAUUAGGAGAAGGGCUGAGCUGGAAAGGACGGGGGCAUCUCCGCGCGCCUCUCUGCCCGCGCGCCAGGGAUACGCGAACUGGCAGCAAUAGUUCUGUCACAGUGAAACCAACCUAGAGGAGGGAUGGGAGAGUCUGCUGCUGUCCUGUGACACUGAAUGCUCUCUGGCGCGCAAAGAGCUUGUGACUUCCUGCUCAUGGGGACGCCUCUUCGCCAGAGGCGCCCCGAGGCCGGUUGAAGGUUAAUUUGGGAAGCAAGAAGCGCCAUGGCUGCACAUGGCUGCAGAUGACUCCACAUGCGCCCUUUCUGGCAAGGCUGCCGACUGGGGUAAAAAGAGCAACUUCCUUGACUUCUUCUUUCCUUCCGGAGAUUUAAAUGUGGGUUCAUUUUUACUGUUGACACAUUUCUGGAAAGACACAUUUCUAAUUUCUUACUGAUUUGUUAAAUGUAAACUGUUGAAAUAAAGCCAAUGCAAAUCUAUAAAAGGGUUCCCCUCCAUGGAAACUCCCCUUUCAAUAACACUUUAUUGAAAUAUUUAUGAAAGUGCUUGAAAUAGUUUUGUCCAACAGCGGAUCUAUCUCGUUUUUGAUCAGGAGUCAGGUUUCAGCUCCAUGGAAGUUGCAGCAGUAUUUGGACAACUCCUUCUGUUUAUGGAAAGCUAUAGGAGGCCAGUCUAACAAAUAGACCCAAAGCCCCAGAAGUUGUUAAUGGCAAACAACUCGAAUAUGCAGAUCGCUCUCAACUCCAGCCAAGGGGCUGCAGAUUGUUUUCCAGACCUGCAGAUCAGAUGAUGCCCAGAACUCAGUGUCUGGAAACUGGUAUGUGGCCAGCUGACUGCAGUUGGGGCUGAUUUGCAUAUUUGUUACUUGUUCUCAAUAAAUCUAGUCAUUUGUCAUUAAUAAUAAUAAUAAUAUUUACCUUUUUACCUUUAAUCACCACCACCAUCAUCUGUGGCUAUGGCCUUUUGUUAGAUUGAUUAUCUUUAGCAUUUAUUUUAGAUUUCAAAUCAUAUUAACUAGAAGGCCAAGCUUAAGACACGGUGAACGUUUAUGCAGAAUUUACCACCUGCAAUUACAAUCAUAUUCAGUGGUAACUGAGGGUACUCUGAAAUUGUGUAAAGAACUGUAAUAUGCCAUGGCUAGAAUGAUGGGACUGGGUGUCAGAAAUCCAGGAUCAUAGAACUACUUUGCUAGAAAGUUCAUUGAUAUGAAUUGGGGAACUUGACCUGAUGUACCUAUCAGGUUGUUGAGGUGCUAAAGCACUGCUUUGAACUCCUCAGAAGUGUGGCAUUACAGUGGUACCUCAGGUUACUGACGCUUCAGGUUACAUACGCUUCAGGUUACAGACUCUGCUAACCCAGAAAUAGUACCUUGGGUGAAGAACUUUGCUUCAGGAUAAGAACAGAAAUCAUGUGGCGUCAACAGGAGGCCCCAUUAGCUAAAGUGGUGCUUCAGGUUAAGAACAGUUUCAGGUUAAGAACGGACCUCCAGAACAAAUUAAGUUCUUAACCCGGGGUACCACUGUAAAUGAAAAUUGCAUCUCACGUCUGUGGGGAUUGUAGUUUGCUAGGAUUCCACAACCCCAUUAGAAAAAGUGUCCUUCGCUGUCUGUUGCUGAUGCUCAAAAAUAUCCAACAAGUCCAAACUACUGUUGUUUAUCUCCUCCUUGUCAUCCCCCCACCCUUUUGGGUGUGACUUCAGGAUAGCAGCAAAAAGUGGGAGGUGGGUUGCAAUUUAUCACAACUUCUGUGUGCCUAAUGCACCAUUUUAAUUCUCCCCUCUGCAGGGGGGUUAGACAAGGAGCCAGCAUAAUCAACAUCACUGUGCAGGUGGACGGAGUCAUAUUUGACAGAAGCACGUCUGGCCUCUUUCAAAAUAACUCCGCAGACCCACCCUCUAGUAGCUGGUCUACAGUCAGCACCCAUAUCUUUAGGAAGAGGUUUUUGGACUGUAGUUAUGGUUUAGCCCGGGGGUGGGUGAGUGUGGAGCUAGUCUGUUAACCUCCAGAGGUUGUUUGACUCCCAACUCCCACCGGUCCUGGCCAGCACAGCAUGCUGGGAGUUGGACUCCCAACAAUUUCUGGACUCUGUCCCUGGUUUCCUCAUGUCCGAUCCUAGCAACAUUCAAGUAUUCUGGAAUUUCAACAGAAUUUCCCACUAAGUCUUAUUUUUGUUCUUUAAGGAGGCAUGGCAUAAAAAGGAUGAGAUCCCCUUUGGAUGAUCACUGUUCUGUUGGAGGGAUUUGGUCUCACACCACCAUGUUUAGGUUUGCCCAGUUAGCGUGGAUUUAAAGCACUGUUGGGCAACAAACUAACUUUUAAAAAAAUCAUUAUUUUUAUUAUAAGGAAAGUGAUGUUCUAGAUGGUGAGGGAUUAUGGUUAAUGGAAAGUGGUAUAAUCUCCACACAAGCAAUAAACAGAUUGCCUGGAAAUGGCCUAAGAGUGACAAAUCAGGAGGUUUCUGUUCAGAUAUCAGCUCCGCCACCCCAGGGCCUUCCUAACAUGGGGGUGAUACGGAGCUACCUUACAAGAUUGGUGUAAGAAUGAAGUACUUUGAAUGCUCUAAACCACUGUAUAAAAGUGAAGUAGUAUUAUUCACUAUCUUCCAUGCUUAAGCAAGUAACAAAAUGAUUGACUUGACCAGGUUUCCAAAUAUGGGGUGCAUUAACUUGUGGAGCUUAUAGUGGUAGAGAGAAAUUGCAACUGCCUGCUUUCCUUCUGGUGACCUCCAACCUUUCUCAUUAUUUUGCUUCCAAUACCUUGAGCUGCUGAGAGUGGCAUGAUUAUUAAUUUGAAUCACAGGAGAGAGAGAGCUUAGAUUGAUGGGUCGCAUUGGCAGCAGUGAUCUGGAGUCUCCAGUCUCCUCUAGGUUGACCUUGUUCCACCUUUGCAGUUCUGUUGCAGGAGGCCUUUCUGGCAGGGCCAGGUGACUUGGGUGUGCUGGGAAUGCCUUGCACACUGCCCUUCCACCUGUAGGCCGCUUGAGUGUCCCCACUCUGACCCUCGCUGGGCUCGUUCCUCUGUGUUAAUAGUGGGACGGGGGACUUAAAGCAGAACCAUCUUCUCCCAUCAGCGCAUCACCCAGAAGGAGAAAAGACACAUUUUCUGAAGCCACUUUUGAGACCCUUCUCUCUCCACCUCCCUUCCCUUUUAAAGUUCAUCACUUUAUAUCAUGUUUCAGGAUCCACUUGUCCCUUGCAGUUUCUUUUGACUAGGAUAAUUGUUCUUUAGAAUUGUGUUAAGUCAGUAAGCAACAAGGCAUAAAUAUUAGGCCAAGUCUGCAGAAUGUAGGAAGCAAUACUUUCUCUUAUGUGUGGCUCUGAGAUCACCAAGGGUGGGGUGGGGCGGUUAACCAUGGGGUGUUCACUCUAUUUUGCCUUUGUCAGACCCUGCCUGGAGUCCUGUGUCCAGCUCUGGGCACCACAAUUGAAGGAGGAUAUUGACAAGCUGGAAAGUUUUCAGAGAAAGGAGGCAAUACCAGGAGAAUCCAUCCUGGAUUAUUUAAACUGAAAGGCUAAAACUAGUCUAUCUAAGCUUCUCUUUAAGUUGCAAAGGGAUGGCACUCUGCUCACGUGAGGAAGGAAGGAUAAUAGCUAAUAAAUAUAUCCUCUCCUAGCAUCUAAUUCACAUCCCAACAUAGGUUAUGGGCCAAGAUUAGAUUAUUUUUGAAGUAUUUUGGUGAAUGCAGCUGAAUUCUCUUAAGAAAGAAGAGAGGUCCGAAGCAGAACUCUUUCUUUUGUUUCUUGGUGAGCAUAUGGUGACUCCAUUGUUUCCACUGUGAAGAGAGAUUAGUCCCCACUUCCCUCACAGAGCAGUACCAAGGUAGUGAAGAUUUUUGGUCUUAAAUUUUCCUUUGGAGACUUUGUUCUGGUUUUGGAUUUAGCACAUUUUUCUCCAACUUUUGAGUUUUGGACAUUUCCUCCGUUUUUGAGAUGGCUAGUGAGGUUUACUUCAGUGAUGCAAGCCUCAAGAUGCCCAGAUUACCAUCAAAAUUAGAAACAGAACUAUUAGAACCCAAAACUAAGAUUUUGUCAAAGAUGUAUAACUUGCUGUUGAAAUGGAAUACUCAGGAUGAAACGGUGAAAUCUGCUAUGAUUAAAUGGGCACAAGAUGUUGGACAUAACAUAAUGAUGGCUGACUGGGAACAGUUAUGGACCACAGGUAUGAAGUUUACGGCAUGCAAUGCCUUAAGAGAGAAUAUUAUGAAAAUGAUAUACAGGUGGUACAUAACCCCAGUCAAGCUUGCAAAAAUCUACCAUUUGCCCGAUAACAAAUGUUGGAAAUGCAAAGAAACUGAAGGUACAUUCUUUCACCUUUGGUGGACGUGCCCAAGGAUUAAGGUUUUCUGGGAGAUGAUUUAUAAUGAAUUAAAAAAGGUAUUUAAAUAUACCUUCUUGAAGAAACCAGAGGCCUUUCUCCUGGGCAUAGUCGGCCAAUCGGUGUUAAAGAAGGACAGAACUUUCUUUAUGUAUGCUACAACAGCAGCAAGAAUACUUAUUGCAAAGUAUUGGAAGACACAAGACCUACCCACACUGGAAGAAUGGCAGAUGAAAAUGAUGGACUACAUGGAAUUGGCGGAAAUGACUGGCAGAAUCCGAGACCAGGGAGAAGAGUCGGUGGAAGAAGAUUGGAAGAAAUUUAAAGACUAUUUACAGAAAUAUUGCAAAAUUAAUGAAUGUUAGAAUGAUGUUGGAUUGAAGUUAAGUGGUUUCUAGCUGUAAUGGUAUAAAAGAAUAUGGAAAAAUUGGAUUUUUAAUAGGUAAAAAUUUAAUGCUAUAAUAUAUUAAGAUUAAAGAUCAGGAUAAAAUAAGGAGGGAAAGGAAUUGCUGAACUAAUAAAUUGAACUGGAAUACAAAAAAGGGAGGCAUGAGGAGCUCCGGGAAACAAGUAAAUGAAAGAUAAGUGACAAAAAGAUGGAAUUGUUUUUAAUUGUGGUUUUUUUUGCAUUUUUUCUUUUUUCAUGUAAUAUUGUGAAAACUUUAAUAAAUAUUUAUUAAAAAAAAACAAAAAACAGAUUACCAUCCUUACUCAAUGGGGAAAGUAUCUGUUGUUAAUAGCAAAGAAAUACUAGGUGGCAUUAAAAGUAAAAGGCCUAAAGGCAAUAACAAAGAAUCUAGAGCUCCAAUCAAUGUAUGAGAACGGCAGAAUAAGCAAGCAAGAGCCACAACUUUAAGCAGCAUUUCAGAUGCCCAGGUUGUGCAUAUUAAGGAGACUGAUACUGCAGCCCAGAUAAUUGAGGCUCUGGAACUUUCAUAUGGAUUUGCAAGCAAAAGUUUCCAUAGAAAAAGGGAUGCGAGAUUUGCUGAGGCUCAGGUUGAAUUCUAAGGCAUAUUGUCCCAAAUAUGUGACUGAGAUCUUAACACUUCUUGAGAAACUAGAACUGUCAGAGUACCCAAUGCAGGAAGAGCAAAAUAUCUGCAAUUUCCUAGGGUCACUAGAACCCAAAUUUGGGACUUUUGCAACUCUAAUGGAUGGGAAAGAGGACUUGACUUGACUUUCGAAAGAUUAAUUGCCUGUUUAAGAGAGGAAUGUGUACAAAGGAGAGAAGAGUCUCCAGUCAGGAGUGCAAAAGCCAAUGGUUCUAGUUAUGUGUCUAAGUGUCAAAUGAAGGGCAAAGCCAUAUCUAUGAAAGUUGUGUGCUUUAAUUGUAAUAAAGAAGUACACAUAGCAAAAGCAGGGCAAGCAAGGUUCUGGAAACCAAGCCUUAUGAGGAACAGUUGAGGGAGUUUGGUUUGUUUAGCCUGGGAAGGAGGAGACAGAGAGGAGGUAUAAGAGCCACUUUUAAAGUGUCUCAAGGGCCAUGUAAGUCCUAACCGGAUUAAUUAUUAUGCUUGCUGAAGCAGGAGGCUCAUAUUUAACCCCUUUAACUCCUAAUGCUCGAAACCUGGAGGUAAUGUUAGUUUGUGGGUGGGGAAAACAAUCAUCCAAAAGUGGAUGUAGAUCAUUUUAUACAUGUAAUUUCAGAUGCACAUUUAUGUUUGUUCAAUUGAAUUGAAUUGAAUCAAAAUCUUUUGACAUUUCCAUUUGUGGCGCUUGUUUCACAGCACACUGAAAUUAUCGGCCAUAAGCAGAUGGAUGAAGGGAUGGAGCACUGAAGGCUCCUCAGCCAUUAGAUCCAUCCCUUUCACCUGUGGCCACAUGAGAACAGACUGAUAGGUAUCUACCAUAUAUGUGGUGCUUUCCAGAACAGACACUGCAUCUGUCUGCUAUACUAAAAAAACAACAACCCCAAGUCUUAAAAUCCAUCAUAUUCAGCAAGACUUACUUCUGAGUAGACCUACAUAGAUUUGAGCAUUCUAACUAGAGUUGAAGCCAUGGUGAAAAUUGAGGCAGAACAUUCUUUAUUCUGGACGAGUUAAUCCAGAACACUCUCAGCUCUGACUCUGCCAGCUGGCAGCAGCCUCCUGAGGGAAUGAGUCUCUCCCUUGACUCGAGGGGAAUGGACAGCCAAAAGCAACGUCAGCCCAACAGACACGUGUGUUCGCCUCAUAUUCAUACCAUGCCUCCAGAGAAGUGCCAGGCGGCUCCUGCUCCUGCCUGGAAGCUUCUUAGCUUCUCCCUAUCAUUGUUGAUACUGAAGAGCACCCCAAAGAUCAGGGGGCCCCAGAGCACCAUCUGUUGUGUCACAAGAAGCUGCCGGAGCUUUUCUGGAGACAAGCCGUUGAACACAGACAAACAUUGCCAAUAUCUGUGACUGUAUGGCUAAGUGCUUCGCAAGGCUCUUCCCGCAUCACAAAGCACAGAAAUGUCAAUGGGAAGCAAAACAGAGGAGGCAAAUCAUGCUAUUUUGAUAUGAAUUCACAUUGCAAGCAUUCUUCACACAUAGGUGGCAUGCAUGAGAGAAGGGCCGCAGAUCAGAAGUAGAGCACCUGCCUUGCAUGCAGAAGGUCCCAGGUUCAAUCCCCGGCAGGGGAGAGCCACUGCCAGUCAGUGUAGACAGUACUAAGCUAGGUAGAACAAAGGUCUGACUCAGUUCUAUGUUCCUAUAGGUGGUGUAGUGGCAUUGUAAUAUCUAUGGCAGAGAUCUGUAAUGUCAUCCUUAAGAAGACUUCCCUUGGACUCAGAGGGGUUAAACCCAGUGGCAAAUAUCCCCUUUCUGGGCAAGGUGCUUGAGAAGGUGGUGGUACCCCAGCUUCAGGCAUGUCUGAGGAAAACUGAUUAUUUGGAUCCACUCUGUUCCAGUCUGGUUUCAGGCCUGGUCACACCACUGAAAUUGCCUUGGUCACCCUGACUGAGGACAUUUGUCAGGAGAAAGUUAAGGGGAGUCCAGCCCUGCUCAUUCUCCUAGAUCUCUCUGCAGCUUUUGGAACUGUGGGCAACUGGAGGAUACUUCAGUGGUGCCUCAGGAAGGUGUGGAUGGGGGGACACUGUCCUAAAGGGCUCCUAGGAGGCUCCUGGGAAUUAUCCUGGGGUGUCCCACAAGGCUCCAUCUUGGCCUCCAUGCUAUGCAACAUCCAAAGGAAGCCUCUGGGAGCUGUCAUUAGGAGAUUUGGAGUGAAGUGGUGCUAAAAUGCUGGUGACAACCAGUUCCGUCUCUCUGUUCAGACUGAAUCAGGAGAGGCAACUGAGGUUUUAGACCACUGCUUGGAGAAGCUGGAUGUGGGCCAGUAAACUGAGGCUGAAUCCUGGAGAGACAGAGGUAUCCCAGCUCCUCAUGUCUGUGAGGUGUGGAGGCGGCCUAUCCUGAAUAGGUUAGCACUCUCCUGGAAGGAGGCUCAGGUAGCCUUGAUGGCUUGGAGCUCCAGCUGGUUCACUAGUUAUAGCCCCUUUUCGACAGAGAUUACUUGGCCACUGUACUCCCUGCUCUGGUAACUCCCAGAUGGGAUUAUUAGAAGGUGCUCUACGUGGUGUUGCUCUUGAAGAUGACUUGGAAACUUUGGUUCAUCGUAAAUGCAUUGAGCAGACCAAACUGGGGUGGGAUAAGGAGAGAGGGAAAGUUCACUAUGGGUAGCGUUCUUGGAUAUUUAUACAGUAAACUGAAUAUAAGGUGACUGAGCAGCCACCACCUCUCUUACAGGGUGACUUAACAGGGUGUAUGUUGCACAGCCUCUCUUUAAGCAGAAAGCACAGGGGUAUGCAAUAUACAGGCCUUCCCUUUGCUUAACAACCAUCAUAACAGUAGUCAUUUUGCUAGGUUAACAUAAAUAUAAUCUGAUCUUGAUUGCAUUACUUCUGCAAAUAAGUUGUGUGCUGGCUUGUUCACUGGGAAAAAAAUGGCAGAAAAUCAGCUGACAGUCAUGCUGAAUUCAUUUUCCCUCUCACAAAAGGGAACAGUCUUAUACUUACUUGGGUGUUGGCUGAGUGAUCCAGUUGUGCGGCUCUGUAAGAUCCACUAAUGGACUCUAAAUCUUAUAACCAGGUCAUCUUGUCUUUGUAAAAAUAUACAGUGUCCAUGUUUAAAUACUUCAGAUGCCCAGUGUUGUGUGAUAAAUGCAUGACUUGCACAAAUAACAUUCACUGGCAAGUAAAGCAAUAGACCGCUUACCAGUAUCAAUUGGGAGCAGGGAUUGCAGCCGAGUGGGGCCACCAAAGGUCUGGGAGGCUUUUGGCCUCCUGCAUCGCCAAUGGAUGACGUCAGCUCCUCCAUCAGCCGUUAGGGUGCUUGUGUCCCCCCACAAAUUUUGAGUUUAAACUGCUUAUCAGGGCAAAGCAAGCCAGUCAGGUCAGUCAGGUCUACCAACUGACCAUAAACACAGGCUGUGCUGGUACUCUGUGGAUCAUCUAGUCCAACCCUCUACACUACAGGAAUUUCAACCAAAGCAUCCAUAGCAGAUGGCCAUCCACCUUCUGCAUCAAAACCUCCAGUGAAGAAGAAUCCACCACCUCCCAGUCUCUUCCACUGCCAAACAGCCCUUACUGUGAGAUGUUUAGUCAGAAUCUGCUUUCUUGUAACUUGAAACCAUUGGUUAAGGUCCUUCUUUCCAGAGCAGGAGAAAACAAGCUUGCUCCACCUUCCAUGUGACAGCCCUUCAGGUAUUUGAAGAUGGCUAUCAUACCUCCUCUCAAUCUUCUCUUUUCCAGGCUAAACAUACUCAGCUCCUUCAAGCUUUCCUCAUAAUGCUUGGUUUCCAGACCCUUAAUCAUCUUGAUUGCCCUCCUUUGCACAUGUUACAACUUGUCAACAGCCUUCUUAAAUUGGGGGUGCUCAGAAUUGAACACACUCUUCCAGGUGUGCUCUGACCAAGGCAGAAUAGAUCAGUACUAUGACUUCCCUUGAUCAGGACACUCAAUUUCUGUUGAUGCAGCCUAGAAUAGCAUUCACUCCCCCCCCCUUUUUUUUUUGCUGCUGCUGCAUCAUCAAACUGUUGACUCAUGUCAAGGUUGUGAUCCAACAAGACUCCUAGAUUCUUUCCACAUGUUCUGCUAGUAAGCCAGAUGUCCCCCAUCUUAUGUUUGUGAAGCUGGUUCUUCCUGCCUUAAGUGCAGAACCUAACAUUUGUCCCUAUUGAAUUUCAUUUUGUAAGCUUGGACCCAGGUAUCCAGUCAGCUAAGGCCAUCUUGAUCCUGAUUCUGUCUUCUACGGCAUUAGCUACCCCUCCCAGUUUGGUGUCAUCUGCAAAUUGGAGAUCAGCAUCCCCUCAAUUCCUUCACCCAAGACAUUUAUAAAGACGCUGAACAAUGGUCCCAAGACAGAACCCUGUGGUAGUAUCCUGUGGCACCCCACUUGUCACUUUUUUCCAGGACAAUGAGGAACCAUUAAUGAGUACUCUUUGGGUGUGGUCAGUUAACCAGCUGCAAAUCCACCUAACAGUUACCUCAUUCAACCCACAUUUUACCAAUUUCCUCGCAAGAAUAUCAUGGGGGACUUUGUCAAAAGCCUGACUGAAAUCAAGAUACACUAGGUCCACAGCAUUCCCCUGAUCCACCAAGCUUGUGACUCCAUAAAAAAAAAAGACAUGAGAUUUGUCUCACAUGACUUGUUUUUGAGAAACCCAUGCUGGGUCUCACCGCAUCCUUUUCUAAGUGCUCACAGAACAGUUAAAUUAUCUGUUCUGGGCCUUUCCUGGUAUUGAUGUCAAGCUGACUGAUCAGUAGUUGGCUGGGUCUUUCUUUCCUCCGAUGGAGACAUUUGCCUGCCUCCAGUCUGCAGGGACGUGUCACCUGUUCUCCAAGAUUUUUCAAAGGUAAUAGGCUCUGAAAUUACCAAAUUUUUCCAUCUAUAAGACACCCCCAUGUAUAAGACGCUUCCUAUUUUGGGAGACUCAGAUUUAAGACAAUGGGGGGAGAUGGCCCAGAGUAUAAAACACCCCCAAAUUUUUGACAUUAUUUUUUAGGGAAAAACCUAGUCUUAUACACGGAAAAAUACGGUACAUCUGCAAGUUCCAGUAGGACCCUUGGAUGCAGCUCAUCUGGCCCUGGUGAUUUGAAUUCAUUUAAAGUAGCUAGGUGUUCCCUUACUACCUCUUUUCCAGUCUUAGGCUGCAGCUCCCUCCUUACAUCAUUUAUUCUGUUAUCACCAGGUUGGGCAUCACUUUCCUUUUGGGUGAAGACAGAAGCAAAGUAGGUGUUGAGCAAUUCCGCCUUCUGUCUGUCAACCAGUAGCAUUUCUCCAUCUUCUCCACACAGAGUACCUACCAUCUACUUGUUCUUCCUCUUGCUUGGAACAUGGUGGAAGAAACCUUUAUUACAGUGGUACCUUGGGUUACAUACGCUUCAGGUUACAUACGCUUCAGGUUACAGACUCCGCUAACCCAGAAAUAGUACCUCAGGUUAAGAACUUUGCUUCAGGAUGAGAACAGAAAUCACAUGGUGGCGGCGCAGCGGCAGUGGGAGGCCCCAUUAGCUAAAGUGGUGCUUCAGGUUAAGAACAGUUUCAGGUUAAGAACAAACCUCCAGAACAAAUUAAGUUCUUAACCCGAGGUACCACUGUAUUAUUAUUAUUAACCUCUUGUGCAAGCCUGAGCUCAUUCUGGGCUUUAGCCAGCCUGACUUUCCUGCUGCAACUGUUGGUGUAUACUCCUUCUUUGUGAUUUCCCCCUUCUUCCACUUUUUAUAACUCUGCUGACUUGGAAGCCCCUUAUGCAGCCACACCGGUUUCUCUACAUUUUUCUUUCUUGUUGGAAUUGUCUGCAUUUGACUUGGGUCACUUUAUCUGCUUUCCCAGUUUAAAUGGGCCUUUUCUCUGGUUUGUUAUCUAGAUGCAGUUAUAAAUUUAAUUCAGACUCAUAAUGAAGCAAUCUUCUAUUUCCGUAAACUGAAAUGACCUGACAUGUAUGGUCAGAUAAAGGCCCUGUUGUUCAUUUUGCCCUUGGAAAUGAUAGCAGCUCAUAAGGAGUGCCUCUGCCUGAAUCCGUGCUAAGCAAAGUUGGCCUGCGUGUGUGAGAUCAGCAGACUUUCUUGGCAGACCUUUCUGUCUCUUCACUGGCAUCCUCCACAAGUUCAGUUUACCGGAUAACUUCCUGGAGAAGAAGCAGCUGAACUAGUUUUUUUCCUUCUGGAAAGAAAUCUACCCAAUGUUAAGUCUGUCCUGUGUAUUAUUGCCAGUUCCUUCAACUCUGUGGCUCUGUAGAAAGCCCUUCACACUACAGUGUCAUUAGCCUUAUCCAGUGUGCGUUGCUUGUUUGACAACUGUGCAAAGGUAGGGGAUUGCUGGCUGCCUGACGUGCAUUUCAGGGCGACGGGAAUGCAGUUCUCCCUUCAUUUCUCAUGAUGGCUGCAAACUGUCUUUUGACAAAGUCCACCAUGAACUUCUUGCAGAGAAGCUGGUAAAAUGUGGGUUGGAUGAGGUAACUGUUAGGUGGAUUUGUAGCUGGUUGACUGACCAAACCCAAAGAGUAGUCAUUAAUGGUUCCUCGUCAUCCUGGUGAAAAGUGACAAGUAGGGUGCUGCAGGGCUCUGUCCUGGGCCUGUUGUUGUUCAAAGUCUUUAUAAAUGUCUUGGAUGAAGGAAUUGAGGGGAUGCUCAUCUCCAAUUUUCAGAUGACACCAAACUGGGAGGGGUAGCUAAUGCUGCAGAAGACAGAAUCAGAAUUCAGGCCUUGGUGGAUCACAACCUUAACAUGAGUCAACUGCAGCAGCAAAAAAAGUGAAUGUUAUUUUAGGCUGCAUCAAGAGAAGUCUACUGUCCAGAUCAAGGGAAGUCAUAGUCCCACUCUAUUCUGUCUUGAUCAGACCACACCUGGAGUCCUGUGUCCAGUUGUGGGCGCCACAAUUUAAGAAGAUGGUGGUGGUAGCCUCAUUUAAUUUAUUUGCGUGUUCAGACCCAGAGACCUCCCCCUUAAAUAAAGACACAUUUGACUCAAAUUUUAGUUUUGGUUUUUGGCAGAAUUUAGGCCACAACUUUAUUGAUUACAGAAAACUGAGUGGUUGCAUAGGCUCUGGUUCGACUACCUCCCUACACCCUUGCAGGUAGCACUGACCCAGAGCUCUAUCAUAGGUAAGCCAAGAGUGAACACCUGGAUAGGCGGAAAGCCUGGAAACAGACUCUGUUCACUCCCCUGGACUCAGGCACAGGCACAACUGCCUUUUGGGGUUGACCAAACCAAGUUGAGUCCCUGGAUUCCUUUAACGGAAUACCCUUCACAUAGGGAUGGCAAGACCAUUCUCCCAUCCCUAUCACCUGAACCAGUGCCUAUCUGCAACCUUACAAGUUGUGAUGAAUUGCUACACGGCAGGCAAAAACCAAAUGGCAACAGCAAAUCAGUCAAGUGGGGAAAAUUCCUGCCAUGCCCCUGUCCCAACGACAGACAACACACGACGGCAUAGCAAGGUCAAUCGCAAAAAUGCCCUAAAAUUAGGCGGGUGGGUGAGGUGGGCGGGUGUUCCGAUGCAUGAGCCGAAAGGGGAAGCUCUGGGACACGUGCAAGGGAUUAUAUAGGUCCCUCGAUCUGUUUAGACUGCACCCCAUUGGCCAGAUUAAACCCAGCAAUGAGGGACCUACCAAUCGGGUGUUGUGGCUAUCCAAUAGACCCACCCACAACCAGGAGGUCAGUCUCCAGGUCUCACCACAACACGUGCCCUCUUUUAGGGAGGAAACGAUUUAUUUUAAUGAAACAAAUAUUAUUGGAGAAUAAUGAGUUCUAACCUGUUUGACACAGUUUACCCGACUUUUGUUCUUGAUUUUUAGGUGCUGUUUUCUAAAGAUGGGAAGGCGGAAACUGGAUCUUUCCAAACUGACAGAUGAAGAGGCUGAGCAUGUUUGGGAAGUUGUUCAGCGGGACUUCGAUCUGCGGAAAAAAGAGGAAGAGCGUUUAGAGUAAGUGGCUAAAACAUGAGAAUAGGAACUUUGAUGAUUCUUCAAAAGGGAGGCCUUUAGUAUUUGUCAUUUUCAAGCUGUUUUCCAGCCAGCUUGAAUCACUACUGCUAGACACAUGUUGGUGGGGCUACAAAAAUGGCUAUGGGAUAAUAUAGAUAACGUCAUCACAGAAUUUGUUAAUAUUUGUAAUGAUACAGUUUAAUUUAAAUUUAAAACUUCUUAAAUUUAAAUAGGAAAAUUCUUUUACCACUUACUAGCUGUUGCAUGCUAGAUCUUAUGAAACAGAAAAAGCAGACUUAAAUACAUGAGAUUCAGGAAAAGACAGGCAUUUAGUGAAUGGCUGGAAAAAUAUGUACUGUACUUUUGUAUUUUGCUUGGUCCAUAGAUUUAUCUUGUAGACUUCUCUAGGAGUUGGUUGGUUGGAAAAUGCAGCUUAUACAAAAACACUCCAUCUUCUCAAAAGUCUCAGUUAUGUGCUUCUGAAAGUACAGGUUACAAUUUUUACGCAUCUCUGGCUCUCUGUUUCAAUGUCAGCCUUGACCGCGUGCGGCUGUGAUGUCACUUUGGCACAGCAAGGUCAGAGCUACCCUCACAGCUCCCAGAAUGCCAAUUUAAAUUUUUAAAAAGAAAGAUCUGUUUUUUCCAGCCCUUGUUGUUUUGGAGAUCUAUUUAAGAGCCAGGCAGCGAGUGCUUGACAAAGCAUCAGGAACAAGUUUAGGAAGAGUCCUUUCCGCGUGGCAGUGAAUCAUGUCCCAUUUCUCAUAUAUCCACGGUGCUGUUAAAUUAUGAGCAUCAAUUGCUUUUUUAAUCAUUCCCCGGAAGAGCACAGGAUGCUCACAGUACGUGGCGCUUUCCCUUUCUCUUCAGAACAACCCUGUGAGGUCGGUUAGGCUGAGAGACAACUACCAUAUUUUUCGCUCUAUAAGACGCACCAGACCACAAGACGCACCUAGUUUUUGGAGGAGGAAAACAAGAAAAAGAAUAUUCUGAAUCUCACAAGCCAGAACAGCAAGAGGGAUCACUGCGCAGUGAAAGCAGCAAUCCCUCUUGCUGUUCUCGCUUCUGGGAUAGCUGCGCAGCCUGCAUUCGCUCCAUAAGACGCACAUACAUUCCCCCUUACUUUUUAGGAGGGAAAAAGUGAGUCUUAUAGAGCAAAAAAUACAGUAACUGCUAGUAGUUUUUCCUCAAGUGUUCAAGACUGCCCUGGGAUGGAUGGAAGGAACAUUUCCAUGGUAUUGUUUUGCAGUAUAAUUUGAAGUACAGAAAUGUAUAGUAUUUUUCUAGGCACAGAAGAAUUGUGAAUGCAUAGAUGUAAAAUGGAACCUUUAAGGAGUAUAUCCACAGCACUGCAGAAACGGUAUUCUGGCAGUGGGGAGAACAGCUUAGCUCUGCAUAAAAUUCUCAAACAGCAACUUUUGAAUGCUAGAAGGAAAUGAAGAGUUAGAAUAGUUAUUUUUCUUUCUUUCUUAAUCCUUACAACAGGAGUCAGGGCAGAAGGGGGAGCUGCAGGAGAAUUGGAGCGGCUUCGUCAGGGUUUUUAGUCCUCUUUAGAAUAAUUUAGUUUGAUGGUUUUUUUACCAGAGAGGACCAGCUGCCAUACUGCAAAAUUAAAAAUAAAUCAGUUAUACAGUUGGGAGUGCCUGUACCCUGCCUUGAAGAACAGAGGUGAGGAUGUGAAAGAGAAGCAUGCAGUUGCCAUGUUUCUUGGGAAAAGAAGGAAAAAUUAAUUCACUCCUCUUAAAGGAAUUAUUUACUUUGAGGGAAGAGGCAGGAAGUGAGUCAUCAGAUGGAUGGCUUCUUUAAUGUGUGCACUGACAUUCAUGGUUUUACAGUAUCCAUAAUGAGAAAAAUAAAAACUUUCCUAUGUCCAUGUACUAUGAGUGGUCCAGGAGGAAAUGCAUUUUUAGACCAUUAUAACCCUUCUGGGCUUUUGUCAAUCUGCUAUAACCCUUUCCCUGAGGAGAAUUCAUUAUAUUCAUUCCAGAUUCAUUCUCUCAACCUAGAUUUCCCAGGAAGGCAGUACAAAUUAUAUUCAAAUACCAAUAGAUCUGUUCUUGCAAUCUGGAGAGUUUUUGAUCCCAGUAAAAUUACACGACCUCCUUUACUUCUACUGUUUUUGUAAAUCUUACACCCAAUGUUUAGGGCAAUCCUCCUUUCCCCCCUUGCUGCCUCCAUUGCAUCCUCUUCGUACUCCCAAGAUGAGAUCUUUUGAGUGGUUUGAAACUAAUUAUACACUAGCCCGGGGGGGGGGGGCGGGGGACACUCAGUGACCUGCUGUGAUUAAAAAUAAAUCAGUUACACAGUCUGGAGUGUCUGGACAUGCCUUGAAGAACUCUUUGUAUGAGUUUCAGUUGAUGCCGCUCCAGGAUGUGGAAAAGGCGCUUGGCCAGGAUUGUGUGGCCGCUUGGGUGCUUCAUGGCUUAUACUACCCAGCAAGGAGGUGACGGGGGUGGGCCAAGGAAAUGACUAUUGCCUUGUUACAAGAGGGGGUGGUUGCAGGCCACCUAACAGGCCACUGGGUGUGGCCGUUCCUGAAAAGAACUUUCCAUGGAUCUUGAAGAUCCAGAUCAUGACAGACCACUUGCAAAUGUUCCCUCUUGGGUGAGCUUCUUAAGCUGGCAAUCUGCAGCCAGGCCCUGGCCCUCCAAGAUGAGUGAUUUUCUGGGCCCAGUUCAAUGUGGGUUGAGGCCCACUUUAGGCACUGCAAUUGUCUUGGUUGGCCUGUAUGAUUAUGCUUGUCAGGAUAGAGACGAGGAGAGUGUAACACUGUUGAUGCUUGAUCUCUCAGUAGCUUUCGAUACCCAAAAUCAUGGUAUCCACCUGGAGCGACUGUCUAAGUUGGGGUGGGCAGCACUGUUGGCAAUACAGAUGACAUGCGACUCUUUUUCUAUGGGAGUGGUAAUACACUGGUGCUUAGCUGCUCUAAAAGACAGGAUAAAGGCUGAUAAACUAAAAUUCAAUCCAGACGUGGCAGAGACACUGUUAGCAGGUGACUGCUGUUCCCCCAGAUAAGUAAUGUUUACCCAGUCCUGGAUGGGGUUGCUCUCUGCUGACAGUUCAUGUUAAUAGAUUGUGGGUACUCUUGCACCCCUUGUUGUCAGGUGGCCUCCAUGGUUUGGGGUGCCUUCUAGCAGGUUCUGUAGAUUUUUUAGCAUCUUAUCGCUGCUUUUGGGGGUUGAUCAUUUUAAUGGUGAUCAGGCUUACGCUUGUAGGGGGAAGUGAGGUCCCAAAUACUGUGUAAUCAUUUUCAGGGUUUUAGUGGCUAAUUGUUUUGCACCUUGCAGGAAGCCAUAGGGACAUACAAGUGAGCAAAGGCUCACCAUGAAAGAGCACCAUGUUGGUGCUUGUUGCUAAACUCACACCAACCCGACUCCCCUCUUCGCUGACAGGAUCGGAAAGAAACCUCAGAGCACCAGCUUGGCAUUGCAUGCGGACGAGUGUUUGUGGUUUGAUUGUCUCCAAACAAGCCAUGAGAGGAGGUAAAGGUUUGUUAUUGGCUUCCUCCUGUGGUUUGUCUGGAGAGAAACGAAAUGUGAUGCUUGUUCCCCUAUAGUGCUUCAACGGGGUGGAAAUGAAGUCAUACUUUGUAACUAUAGUUUACUCUGACGUAGGACUUGUCUCUUGUCUCUUUCACCUUCCACUGUUGUUUGUAUCUGAUCCCUACAGCAGCCUCUACUUUGCUAUGCUACUCAUGGUCCCGAUACCUUGGAAUUUAGCCUACCAAUUGUGUUCUAAUUUGCUGAUGCUAACUUUAUGGUCCAGCUAAGCCCUAGUGCUAAGAAUUUUCUGACCCUAAUUCUGCAAAGACUCAGGGACAUUUCAUGCAUUCAUUCUCAGUUUAAUACUCUCCAGUCAGAGAAAAGGUACUAUGGAGAUUGAAAUGUGUAUUAUCACUAUGUGGGGAUUUCUGCUAUUGCCACAGUACCCAAAAAUGGCUGCAGAGUGGCUGAGCCUAUGGUUGCCUGUGGAUAGUUAGGUGGUUAGAAUUGUUGCAUGAACCACUUAGUUCACAAGGGUUCUCCUGCAUGUGAGCAGCCAAUGCCUCCUGCAAUUGCAUGGGGAUAAGUUUGCAUGAGCCAUCACUUGUGCAGAUACAUCACUGCUCUUCUUGUAGUUUGGGGAACUGGGAAAACUGCUGCAAAGCUUUACAGCUCCUCCCCCCCCCCCCCCGUGAUUAGAGGGCUACGCCUGGUUGCAUGGAUGGGAAUCUGUGAAUUGGCUUGCCUCUAAGUAUGUCUAGUAAAAGUUGUUCCUUACCAAGUUCAAGAACUGGAAACAAAGAUAUUCAGAUUGCAAAUCUGACUCCAGGAGCAGUGAAAGAAUAGAGAACAGCUUUGGAACCUAGAAUUGGGCUUGCAUGUUGAUGAGCUUGAUUCAGUGUAAUGAGGAUUGAUCUCUGGUUUUUCCUGACCACUGACUCUGAAAACACUGAAACCAGCUCCCCCAAAGUCUGCCCCUUACGAUUUGUAAUUGACACAAUGCCAAGGCUUGGAACACAUGGUUGGGAUAAAACAUUUACAGCAGGUCCAUUAAUGCUUUUAAAGCACUUGUAUUAAUGAAGUGCUGAUAAGAUAGCUGAUAUUCUACCAUGCAAAAACAAAGAUGAAUUUAUUUACCAUGGUUGUUUGGCAUUGUUGCUCAGUUUCCAGAGUCCUAAUGACGUUGAGGUAUGUAUACUUUUUUGAGGCAGCAAACUAGUUCCAAACCUUCAUGUAAAAAUAUGAUACGAAGGGAGCAGCCGUGCCUGCUUAUUCAUGGGUCUACCACAUGUUAGGCUUAAAGAGGUAGGAGUGAUUUUUUUACAUCACCAGGGAUGUGAAGGUGAGGAGAGCUGAACCCGGCUGCUAGCUCCCCAUGCUUUGCCCAAGUAGUUACUCUUCACCCCCAGCUCAGCUCACUUCUGGCAUAGGAAGAAAAGUACCUGAAAUGAUGGAGUACAGAGUCUGGAUGGGAGUGAGGUGGAGGCCUACAUCUUCUCACCUGCUCUCAUUUUGGUGUACAAAGUAGAGCCCCAUCUCAGCUUCAUACUUGAAUGAGAGGUGCCUGCUCUCAUCCCACUCAGCUUGGCUUUUGGGACUGCAUAAUGUGCACGAGGCAUUUUCCAAUGACAAAAAUGAUUGAUUCAUUUAAAACCACUAGGUUAAAUUUACUUGGAGUUUAUGAAUAAGCAGAUAUGAACAGUGGUAGCUUUUCCACCCACUAGCUCUUGUAGGAGAAAAUGUUCCCUUCAUUGCCUCAACACCCAGCUGUCUGCCCCCAACACCUUGCUGUUCUGAGUAGGUCCAAAUGAAUUUGGCCAAAGAAAUGAAUGAAUGAAUGAAUAAUACACUUUUGGAAGGAAAUCUGUUACAUUUUUGGAAAAUCCAAGUUUAUAAAUACACAACACAUAAGCAUCACUUCUUGUAUCCCUGACGACAAAAGGCCUGCUUCAUUGAAGGGUUGGAUAGGAAUUUCCAAGAUGGGGAGCUUGUCACAUCCUUGCCAUCCCUCUUUGAUGUGUUGAACAGUUCCAACAGGGCUGCCCCUUAAGCACUAAAGCGAGUGCCACUCCCAUCUUCAUCACAUCUUCUGCUUAACUGAGAGUGGGCGUGGGGUAGGGAAUCAUGUGUGGGACUAGGAACAGAGUGAGCAAGGCUCAAGUCCCCACUUAGCCCUUUUGCUGGCGGGGUGUUUUUGGACCAGGCACCAUCUCUCAGCCCCAUCUGUAGAGGGUGUGGUCAGUGUGGUCCAGUGGCUGGAGUGUUGGACCUGGGUUCAGAUUCCCACUGGGCCAGGAAGAAUGACUCUGGCUGACCUUGGGGCAGCCACUAUCCAUCAACCUACCUCAUAGGGUUGUGGCGGGGAUUAAAUGAGGAAGAGAACCAUGGAUCCCACCUGGAGCUCCUUGGAAGAAAAGGGGCAGGAUUUAAGUGCAAUAAACACAUAAAUUCAUGAAGAAAUUAAUAAAUGGAGAGGGAGGACUGUGCACACCACUCUCAGCUAAGGGGAAGGGCAGAAUAAAAACAAAGUUUCCCAUUCAACGCAAUGGGAUGUAAAAGUGGUUCUGUUUGGCUUCUCAGUGGUGUGGGUCGGUAUCCGCUAGCCUCAUGUUCUCCAGAUGUUUGGGACUGUCACUCCCAUCGGCUCCAGCCACCACAUCUGGAGGGCACCACAUUGGCAAAGGCAGAUUUUUGUGUUGAGAAGGUUCUUUGCAUACUUUGCUCUGUCUGCACUUCAUGGCUGGCUUUCCACCUUUUCUCAAAUGCUUAUUGGACAUUUUGCUAUUGUGACAAGAGAGAAAACUGCUGUCCUGUUAGUACUCCUCUGCCCUGUCUUAUGCAACCUGCUGUUGCCACACAACUUGGCCUGCCUUUGGGUACUCUGGUGGUGCCCUCAAGCCCUCCAUCCCUUUUGGCCUGGGCAUCCUUGGGCCCUGCCUCACUUGCUUUUGCCAGCUGAAGAGGUGAGGAGGGUGGCACCCUGGGUUUGAGUCACAACUCUUGCACAUCUCCCCUGUCCUGUCCUGGAGUCUUCUCAUCUAGGCAAAUGCCCAGUGCUGGCAUAGGCCCAAUGGCUGGGCUAAUCUCGUGGACCAAACCAGAACCCCAAACUGUCAGGUCUUCUUAAUGCGUCACUUAAGCAUUCAUGUAUACAGAAAAGUUGGCUUUCUGCAAGUCCUAGCUAAGAUCAGUAUCUUUUUGUCUGUUUCUUUGGAGGUUUCUGUAGCUGGUCACACUCCCAGACACAGCCUUAAAUAGGAAGAGAAAACAUUUCAAAAAGGUGUGUGUCACUUAAUGUACCACAAGAGCAUUGCUAAUUACUCUCUAGGUGAAAAAUUUCCAGCCCUGCCUACAUGCCUCCAGGGGCCCAUCCUACUAACCAAACAUUGCACUUCUUACUUGUAGCCCCAAAGGCAAACAGAGUGCCGUGUCUAUUUCUGGUUGCUCUGAAAGCAAACAGAAACCUAUCGCACAGCCUGGCAGAUCCUGUCCUGCUAUAAUCCAGUACAAAGGCAUUCACUUUGGUUCGAACCUCACCAGAAGGGGUUUUUAGACACCACACAAGGGUGUUCUGCUUGGAGUAGAGUUUCUAGAGUGGUUUUGCUUUCACAUUGGCUGCAUGUGGAUGUCAUGAUAAACAAAUCAUAGUUUAGUGUGUCACGUACCAGCCUGUGCAAGUCUUGGGCUUGUUGCUGUCUCCUCUUCUAGCACGGCUGCAAGAAGAAGUUCAAAAGCUUUAGUUUCCAUUUUAAAUUAACUGCAGUUUUAGCUAAGAUUAAUAACAGGAUUCAGAGCUUAACUAUGGCUUGUUGAAACAAGCCACCUUCACAACCCAUAGUUUGCAGCAGGGUUGUUCUGUUCUACUCUCAACCUUUCUGAUAGUAAAAGCUUUUUGACUCUCCUUCCUUGGAGGUUUUUAAGCAGAGGUUGGACAGCCAUCUGUCAUGGAUGCUUUAGGUGAGAUUCCUGCAUUGCAGGGGGACUACAUGACCCUCUAGGUCCCUUCCAACUUGACAGUCCUCUGAAACAAACCACAGUUGAAAUUUGCCACAGGUUAGGCCGACAUAGCAAGCCACAGAUCAGCAUAGGUCCCAGUUUGGCUUGCAAGGCUGUUUUCUCCAAACCCCAAACUAUGCCCACGGCCUACAGCUGGUAUCCUAUGUGGUGUCAGGUGAGAUCCAGCUUCCCAUCCCUGCCAUAAUGAAAAGUGAAAGUGAAAGCUUCCAAACAUUGCUACACUAGCAGAGGGGAAGGGAGUGAGAAGGUGCGUCAACCAGAGGCUCCAACAAGCUCCUUCUCAGAACUGGGGGGACUCAGGCCCUGCAGGUGAAUCCAGCCUCCCUCCAGGACUCUCUGCCCAGCCCUUGGGACCCCCCCCCCACCUAGAGCCUGCUCCUCCCACUCAAGUGCUUUUGCUUAUCCUUAAGGGGACCUUGGACUGUGACCAUUCCUCUUGUUUGCCCUGGUGUGCAAGUGUCUGUAAACCCCGACUUUUGCAUGGUUGGAAUGAAUCAUACCAUGCAAAGGUAAGAGCACAUCCAUUGCUCAGCCACUUUUUGGCUCCGGUCACGCCCACUUUUGACUAGCAUGUGUGCUCCAGAAGGUCAUCCACAAGAGAAUGCGGUCCUUGGAUGGAGCAAGGUCCCCCACCCCUGUGAUUGUACCCUAGUUUAUCAUGAUGCCCCAAUGCAGCCACUUUCUGACAGGUUGAAGCAUUUCUGUUUUCAGCUAAGAAGGAAAAAAAAUCUGUUGAAGUACCGUGCAAGAGACGGACAUUCGUAGGAUUGUCACUAACAGCUUUGGUUUUUAAAGAAUUAUGGAAAGUGAAAGGGUGUCAAAACUGCAAAGCAACUUCUUUAUACAGUGGUACCUCGGGUUAAGAACUUAAUUCGUUCCGGAGCUCCAUUCUUAACCUGAAACUGUUCUUAACCUGAAGCACCACUUAAGCUAAUGGGGCCUCCCACUGCUGCCGCGCAGCCGGGGCACGAUUUCUGUUCUCAUCCUGAAGCAAAGUUCUUAACCUGAGGUACUAUUUCUGGGUUAGCGGAGUCUGUAACAUGAAGCGUCUGUAACCUGAAGCGUCUGUAACCCGAGGUACCACUGUAGAUUAUUUUCUUGUUGUGAGCAGGUACCAUCUUAAUGGUCCCCUGGAGGAUGUCCCAGGAGCCAUUGGAAUGAGAGGUCUGCCCUUGGAUUCCUUGCAGGGCUACAAUUACAGCAAGGAAAUAUAUGAGACGUACUUUGAGUACUGUACUCUGAAUCAUACAAUUAUUAUUGCUAUUAUUGCAGCCAAAACAGUCAUGUAGGACAGAUUCCCAACCUUCUUAAGAGGACAUAUGUCUGCUUGUACUUUGAGUGCUUUGAUAAUAUACUGUAGACAGUGAUGAUGUUGCACCAUAUUUAUUUAAUGGAAACCCAUAACGUUUUUCUGAGUCAUGAAGCUGAACGUUGGGUGUGGGUUUCAACAGAGUUCCAUAAUGGUUUGCCACUAAUCUGGACUCUCUGUUCCUAAACAAUCAUCACUGGAGCCAAAUAUAUGAAAUCAGGCAGAGGCAGAUUGGGAGGUUUUCUCCAUGAGUUUUACCACCCAGAUUCAGAACUCCCCAUGUAGUGCUCUCUUAAAGUCCAAGCCAUCGGCUCACCACUCACCCUGAAGCAGUGAGAGAGAUACAUUCAGUGGCCAGAGGGAAAUACUAGGUUGUCCUAGCCUUGAUAGGUGCAGGUUUGUUACUGGUGAGAAUUGGAGGAUUGUAGAAGAGCCAGGAGAUUUCCAGUUCAGAUCCCACCGCUGACACAAAUUCACUAGUCCUUUACCCAUCAACUUGCUGAGCGUUUGGUUGUUAAGAAUUACUCAAACAGUAUGUGAAAUGUUCUGAACCCCUGAAAUGUGCUAAGUAUUAACUGAAUACAAACAUUUGUUGGAGCCUGAACAAACCGUUUUCUCCUGUUGAGUUCUGAACCAGCUUUUAGGGCAGAAUCAUCCAACUUCUCUUCUGUGCCUUCUGGCUAGAUCUUGAAGCCUUUGUUUUUUGCUCAAAGCUUACUUCCUGUAUUCAGAUGCUAAAUACUUCUAUUAUCAUUUUUUCAAAGGGAACUGAAAGGCAAGAUUGAAAAAGAAAGCACAAAGCGUGAGCUGCUGUCCGGUCAAUCCCACCUCAAUGAAACUCAUUGCAUUCACUGCCUGCAGCCCUUCAAGUUCCUGGUGAACAACAAACGCAAAUGCUUAGACUGCCACUUACACACCUGCAAAAAUUGUAGCAGCUACAAUAAAAAGGAGGAAGGUUGGGUGUGUGAUCCUUGCCGUUUAUCCAGGUAAGUAGGACAGAUUCUUGCUGUUGCUGCAGUUUGUAUAGUAGUGGGCCAAAGUAGAUGUGAGAUUGGGUUCUGUCUGGUACUAGAAUUUCUCACAGGUUUCAGUGUUUAUCCACCUAGCCCUACAAAGAACACCCGAAAUGAUUUUAUUUUCAUUUUUUAUUCCUUUGCGUGAACCUUCUUCAAGUUCCACUUAAUACUCCAGUAUAUCCAGAACAGGAUUGAACUGGUGUUGGAGGGUUGGGCAGGUGAGUGGUUGCAAUAGGGAGGUGCUGCGUUGUCGUUUGACUUUUCUGUUUUCAAAAACAGGUGAAAUGAAAUGGUCAUUGUUUCAUUUUUAUCCCAUCCUUUACCUAGACAGCUCAGGGUAGCUGCACACACCUCUCUUCUUCCCCUAGCCCUGCGGGAUAAGUUAGGCCUAGGGACAGGGAUUGUUCUAAGGUUAAAGUCCAGCACGUAAGAUGCUCUCUUAGCAAUUCAUUUCACUUCUGCUUUGCUCAAUCCCCAGCAUCAAUUCCCUCAAGCUUCAGGCACUCAUCUGCCAGCAAUGUGACUUGAGGAUGCUUUCUUUAGUUUUCACAACAGGCCUUUAUAUUUGGGUAUUUCCCCCCAUUACAUUGGUGUGAGGGGAAGCACAGAAGAACACCUGCUGAUCCCACCCAGUCCCUCACAUCACCCUAUAGCAUGAACUCCUAUAGUAGGGAGCCUUUGGCGCUUGUAAGACCAGCGUGCCGUGUUGCACAAGGAGGCUGCCCAAGUGAAAAAGUUCAUGGAAGGAGGUGGAGCACUUGCAGAAUCUGUUGUUGCCGAGCACCAAUCUUUUCUCUCUCUCAUUCCAUGAACUUGGUUGCUGAAUUCCCUGCUUCCCUCAGAAUGUUUUAUCCCCAGGCUUGUGUUACCUAUGCAGGACACUACGUGUGCCUAGAAUAAGGAGCUGGGCUGCAUCCAUGGCUGGGCCGGCCAUGUUCCCCAACAGCCACUCAUUGAGCACAGACAACUGAAGAGGAGCCCCUGGACAUGAACAGCUGCUCCUGCCAGGGAGCAGUCAAUUUGUGGAUGGAGAGGCCAGGGCUAAUCUGGCUCCAUGGCAAUGGAAAUGUUACCUUUUUGUGUGUUUUGUGUUUGUGUGGUGCAGUCAAAACAGCACUAAAGUCAACAGGUGUGUUUUAAUUGAUUGAAGGUUUGGGAUCAUACCUGUGUACAUAAUCCUUUUUUUUCUCCUACUGGACAGGAUUGUGAAGACUGGAUCUGUGGAAUGGUAUUAUGAGCAUGUGAAAUCUCGUUUUAAGCGGUUUGGAAGUGCUAAGGUGAUGCGGUCGCUCUACGGAAGGAUGACGCAUGGACAGAAAAUGAAUCCUACCUUGCUUGGUAUGGCCAGGGGUCUGGGGGGGGGGGUGUCCUCUCAGUAUCUUUCUAUACAGCACUCUGAAGGUUCCACAGAGUAGUAAAGGUAAAGGUCCAGUCGCAAAUGACUCCGGGGUUGCGGCGCUCAUCUCGCUUUACUGGCUGAGGGAGCCGGCGUACAGCUUCCGGGUCAUGUGGCCAGCAUGUCUAAGCCGCUUCUGGCGAACCAGAGCAGUGCACGGAAACGCCAUUUACCUUCCCGUCGGAGCGGUACCUAUUUAUCUACGUGCACGUCAACGUGCUUUUGAACUGCUAGGUUGACAGGAGCAGGGACUGAGCAAUGGGAGCUCACCCCAUCGCGGGGAUUCGAACCACCGACCUUCUGAUCGGCAAGCCCAAGAGGCUCUGUGGUUUAAACUGGGUACCAAAUUAACUGUCACCACAAAUCACAAUAAUUACAUCUGAGUAGCCACAGUCUGUUCCCACACAUUUGGAGUGAGUGACGUGGCUCCAAAGUUAGAGAGUGUGGUUUCUCAGCUGGCUUGAAUCCCAGCACCUUUGCUUUUAGAAAUUAAUCACCACUGGUGAGCGGUUUGGAAAAAGUGAAUUGCAAUGAGCUGUUUGCCCUUUCACUUAAUGCUAAAAUUAGGGGCACACACUUGGAAGUUAACUGCAGUUGAUUUAAAGUUAAUCCAGCAACAAUUUUUGAAGGCAGAACCAUUGGUUACAGUUCCUGGUAGCAACCAAUCUAGUGUUUAGGGGUGUCAUUAACAUUAACUAUUGAAAGAUCGAUGGCAAGUCUUCCUGGAGCAUCUGAAGGUGGUCUCUGUUGAAGAAAGUCAAAUGAGGCUCUUUAGGAGCUAUGCAGGUAUCAGGUUCCCCACAGGGAACAAGAUGCAUAAGACUGGCCGAGCUGCCAUCUGUGAAAACACAAAAAUUGGUGAUUGCCCAGAUCUGUUUUAAUUUUGCAGGCCAAGUAAAACAAAAUGUCCAAAUAAGACAUUAUAGAAACAAAGGCUGGAGAUGAACAAAAUAAUGGUAGUAACAACAACUACUUCUACUUUUACUACUAUUUCAAGCAAUUGUUGUCAGGUUGUGUAUACACUCAUUUUUCUGCAGUUUUCAAGUGAACAGUCUUUGCAUGUUUUUGUAGUGCUUCUAAAAGUCACAAUGGGUGGGAACAAUUGGACCAAAGAAAUGAAUGUGUACCAUCACCUGCCAGCGAGUGUAGUAUAAAAUGACCUCCCAUGAAGCUGCUGUUCACCAUUUUUUGGGAAACGUAAAUGGCACAGCAACCAUUACAUGCAUGUUUUUCCUCACAGAGCAAAUGGCAAUUUAGGGACUGAAUUACUUGGGGGAAUGGACCGGACAAAGGGUUGAGAUCCACUAAUUCCCAUUGCUGUGAUGCAUGUCCAGAUUGCCCCAACCCUGGAUGAAACUGCAGUUUGCCAAAAUUUAAAGAAAUGGGAGGUCUGACCACAGAUAUUUGCCACCUUGCCUCAUUUGGCCCUCAGCUGUGAGGGAGAUAUUUCAGAACACACUUAUUGUUGGCAUCCAUCUGUAUCGGGAGACAAUGGAAGAAAUGCAGACUAAACAGGCCUCUCUGGGCUCAUCCACACUUUUGCUUGUCCCUUCCUUUCUAGGCACAGGUCUGAGUGGUUUUUUUGGUUUGUCCUACCACUUUCCCCAGGAAAAGCUCACUGUUGAAUCAGAACAUCAAUCUGCAAAAAAACCAAUUGACUUUGGUUCUGAUUUAGCAGUGGGACAAGCAGAAGUGUGGAGAAGCUUUCUUUGCCUGACUGUCCUCCAGGCCUGCCUUCUUAAGAAAUAGCCAGUGAGCCAGUGUUGCAUCUUUAAGGCUGGACAUUUCAUCCUUAAGUCUUGUGCAAGAAAAGUGAAACCUGAUCCCGAUACGUUAUUCUGCUCAUGUGGAAGUUUGUGCAGCCUCAUGCUUAAGCAGAAUCGCUAUAGGUCCUACCUUUUUAGCCUUGUGGAGGACUGCUAAUGGUUAUUUUCCUUCUGCUUAGAAUUCUUUGAACCCAGUCCAAUAGAUCUGCUCUGCAGCUGGAACAUAAUGACUUGCUGCCGGCUUUCCUGGGACACAUUGACCUCCAGGGUUCAUUCCAGUGAAGCAUUCUCUAAUAUGGCCAAAGCUUUCUAAUGGCUGAAACAUUUGCUUCCGGCUAUGAAGCCUUGUUUUGUCUAUUUGUCUCUCUAUCUUCCUUUUCUAUCUGUCAAAUACUGAUGCAGUAGGCUAGCCCAUUGGGAGCCACUGUGUAAUGAAGACCUCACAGUUUGUGUUACCAAAUGCAUCACUGGAAGUUUAUUGUCUAUGUACUUACGAAGACUCCUUGCUUAUCCAAGAACUCUAAAGCAAAUUAGAAUAAAAUAUGGAAUAUAUAAUGAACAGCAUUAUUGAAAGUAAUAUAAAAAACAAUAAUUCUGGAAGCCUACAAACUUAACAAUAAUGAUAUGUUUAGGAGAAUCUCAGAUUCUUUCUCUCACGCUUGUUAAUUCCCCCACCCUCUUUAGACCUGCAAGAGUUUAAUGUCUGAAACUGAAGGCACUCUUAACUUUGGAGCACAUCUUAACCACUGGGACUUAACUUUGGAAUACAUGCACAUUAUCAGGCCUGAAAGUGUGUGCAUGUGUGUGCAUAAUGCAUUUUGUUUCUAUUGCUCAUACUUGCUGAAUUGUACCUGGCCAAUAGAUGGCAGUCUUGGGCAGUCUUGCAGGUUUGUCAUGUGAAGGCAAGCUGCCAUUUACAACACACUCCAUGAGAAGUGACAUUUGGAAACCUCUGGCUCAUUAAGGAAGAAGGUGUUUCUAUGGGUCUUCCUUGUUUUCAGCAUGGGAUCUUCGGGAAUAUUUAUAUCCCUGUUCACUUUUAAAAUGACAGCACAUUAGUUUUAUACAAAAUCAUACCAAAAUCAUGCCACGGAUGGGGUCAUUUACAUUAGAUCCUCCUUCAUUUGACUGAUGAUAUCUGGGGUUUGGGAUCAUUAAUAAGCAGAGAUCAAUAUGGUUAACAGAGCACCCUCUGAUUCUGGCAUGCUGACAGAGUGGCAGCAGAAUCCUCUGCAAAGCAAACCAGGGAAAUCCACGCUGCUCUGUUGCCCCUUGGUUAUGGGUCUGCUGCAAAAGUUGGUUAUAACAUAUCAGGUGCAUUAUAUUGUACUCAUACAAAUGGCUUCAUGCAGGGCUGAAAUUACCACCCUCAGUUCUCCAUGCUGUUUUGGCAUGGGCUGCAUUUCUAGCCUGAUGCUGAUGUCCUGGGGCCAUAGCAUCAACCCAGGACCAGGGGAACCCCAUGCUGUUGUACGAUGGGGAGAUGCCUUUCUCAUGUUCCACAUUUUGGCACUGUGGUGACCCCAGUUAUUAUUCCACCACAUCUUUGUAAGUGUUUGCUAGCAGACCGGGUUAUAGGAAAAUCCUACAGAGAUAUAAAUAUAUCUACCCUGUAUACAUAUUACAUGUGUCAGUGGAUGUUGAUUUAAGUGGAAAUCAGGCACAAGUAACUGUUUCCUAACAGGAAUUGCCGACCUAAACUUGAAUUAUCCCUAGAAAAGGUAGCUGCUCUCAAAGCCAAUACAGCAUUUUUUCAGGAACUAACUUGCAUGUGACCACAAGCUUGUUGGUUUUCAGUCUAAACUGGGGCUCCAGGCUGAUAAUAGAUGCUAUUUUUAAUUGUCUUUACCAAUUGUACAUACAUGCUCAAAGGGAUAAUUAUUCAGUCCUACAUCAGACUUACUGCAAAAUAUGUUUUAAAAGUAUUUAUGUUGCAUUUUCCUCUUAUUCUAGGUCUUCAUGACAGAGUUUAUAGCUUGCCAGACAUCAACAGUAAGUGGCUUAAAACAAACAAGCAAACCUAUACACCCUGCCCCACCAAGAGAUGUCAGGAUUGAACCUGGAACCUACUGCAGGCAAAACAGAUAUUCUGCCACGGAGCUAUGGUCUGUCAAGGACAGAGGAAGGGGACUAAACUGGCUUUGUCAUCCCCAUAACAUGGGAACAGCAAACAUUCAGGCCACAAUCUGAGCCACUUACCGUAUUUUUCGCUCCAUAAGAUGCACCUAGUUUUUAGAGGAGGAAAACAAGAAAAAAAUAUUCUGAACAAAACAGUGGAUGUAUGAUUUUUGUGGUUCUUGCUGUGGCCACAGACAUGUGAUCUGAUGGUGAAUUCGGGGUGACCCAAUGCAAAAAUCCUGAGGAUCCAUGUGGAUCCGUGCUUUGUAACCACAUUUUUGCACCAUUGCAGCCCCAGGAAACAGUGAGUGCGUGAUAUUUUUUGGUGCAGGCUGUAGCCAUGGACAUGCUAUGUGAUCUGAUGGUGAAUUUGGGGUGACCCAAUGUAAAAAUCCUGAGGAUCCAUGGGCUUUUACCUCCCCCCUCCCAGGCAGCCUCCGCUAGCAUCCCUUAUCUCUCUUCCGUUCCCACCGAUCAGCUGUUUCCUUUCAACACUCCCUUCCCUCUUGUUUGCCUUAGUGUCUUUUCCUUAGCUGGAGCAGUUUUUUGCUCCUCCUUUUCUUCUAAUUUCUCUCCUUAUUGCUUUAGUCUUCCUGUUUUCCCCCUUUGCAAGUUUGCUCCCCCCUCCCAGGCAGCCUCCUUUAUCUCUAGCAUCCCUUAUCUCUCUCCCCGAUUGGCAAACGAUCAGCAGCUUUGUUUCAACACCCACUUCCCUCUUUCAAAAAAAGAAAAAGAAAAGAAAAGUGCAUGAUCUGCUUUUUGCCCCUGGGCAAUUUGGCUCCAGGGACCAUGCAUUCGCUCCAUAAGACGCACAGACAUAUCCCCUUACUUUUUAGGAAGAAAAAAGUGCGUCUUAUGGAGCGAAAAAUACGGUACUUGGAAGUGAGCUCCAUUGAACUUACUUCUGAGUGAAAUGCCUAGGAUUGAAACAAAUGCUGUGCAUUCAAAAAAUCUAUAAUAGCAAUGAUCAGAAAUGAGGAUAAGGUGGUCUUAGGCUGAGUCAGACCACUGGUGCCUCCUUCAAUAUGCAACCCUUUCCCAAAAUCUCAGAAGCUUUUCCUCAUCUUUGGAGGAGCGCCAUAGCUCAGCUGUAAGUGCAUCUGCUUUGCAUGCAGAUAAUCCCAGGUUCAGGGCCAAGCAGCUCCUGGACUGGCAGAGAGGCCUUCUCAAAUGUUGAGCUGCUGCCAUGGCUGGACCAAUGGUCUGACUCUGUAUAAGGCAAUUUCCUAUAUUCCUGUGUCUUUCCUGCUAAUACCCUUCCUAGUGGAGAUGGCUGACACAUUCUGAAUGUAAAGCAUGCAUUCUCCUGCUAAGCUACAGCCACUUCCUGAGUGCACCUUACAUGCCUGAUUUGACCGACCUGAGGGCCCAUCUCUUUGCUGCCCAGGUGACUGCCACUUCUACAGCGGGAAUGAGGACAGUGAGGAGGGAGAGGCAGAAGAUGCUAUCGAUGGUGGAGAAGCAGAGUGCUAUGCAAGGGUAAGGGCACCUGGGAAUGGACUUUCUUCCAUGUUAGCACUGAGAACUCGUUUAUAUAUCACGCUGGGCCUUCUUGAAUGAAGAUAUUACUCCUUUUUCUCGGGGAAAAGGCGAUCUUUCUGCUUUUGAUUUCUGAUAUAAAUCUUAUUUCCUGUGGAGUCAUUUAUUGGAGCCCUCAUGCCUCAAGCUGGCUUCUGGGUGAUGUUCUCUCAUUUCUGUGCUCACAGUCUCUAGGAAGAAUCUAAAUUAAACCUCUGCAUCCACUGAAAAUGUAAAAAAAAGGAAACCCACCAUUUUGCCCUUCUAUAAUCAUUUGUAUGGAGUGUGCAAAAGCUGUUGAAGUAUAUUAAUGAAUGACCGACUGUUAGCCAAUAAAAGUUGAAUGAUCUUGAGUCAUGGACCCAGUAGGAUAGCCUCACCCAUAUAAAUGAUUUAUUUUAGCAAGAAUUGUUAUUUAGGUUAGGAAAAAAUUCUCACUGAAAUGUUAAAUCCUCAAAUUCAGAUCUUUAACUUCAGCUUUGGCAUGUCAGUAUAUGUAUAAGGAAAUCAACAUCUGAAUAAAUUCCAAAUUCAGAGUGCAGAAUCCUGGAUCUGAAUGUUUUUGUCUGAACUUAUUUCUGCCCUUUUGGGAGAAGUAAAUUGUUUUCAAAGGAGUGUUUGCAUGUUUUCUAUAUAAAUCUAUAGGGAAUAGCCUUCAGCUGCCCCUGUUCCUUAUUGACCUGAAAAGCGUCCCAUAGGAGAGAACAGCAGGGCUGUACUUGAACUCUGGCAUAGAACUAGGAGGAAAAUCCCCUGCAGAGCACUGCGUGGAAAGUAGCAAGAUGGUUACUAACCUUUCCAAGAGACCUGUGAAAAUAUUUCACUAUCAACUGUAUUUACAAUGGAAUCUGGUUUCUUAAACUCUCUGUGCUUUCUAAGAUGCGCAAGACCAAGCGCCUGCUGUCUGUCCAUCCCUUUGAUUUUGAAAUGGACUCGGAAUAUUCUUCUCAAUCUCGCCGGCAGUCUGCGCAACUCUCUCCUGGGAAUGAAGGUCUUCAGGUAUUACGGUGGUGUGCAUGCCUUCCUGCUCGCUUGCAUCAUCCUUGGCACCUCAGAAUUGCUCCCCUCCCUCAUUCUUCUCAUUUUCUUGACCUUUGCUAGCCCAGCUUGUUGUAUAAGCAUUUUCGUCUGCCCUGUGAAAUGUAUUAGUGAAAGCUACAAGUUGGAAAUAGGCUAGAAAGUGAGAGAGCAGAUUCAGAUGUCAGGAGGCUUUUGCUUGUUGUCACUUUCUGACUGUAGCAUCAAGCAGUGAGUUGCAAUUGUGACUCAGCCUUCACUGAUGGAGCACCACAGAUUAUCACUUCCACCACACGCACACAUAUAUGAGUUUAGAUUUUUCCCAUGGGGAAUUAUUUGAAAUACAACGGCAGUAAAACAGGUAUUACAUAGAAAGCUUCAUACAGUCCUAUUCAUGCUUUGGGUAAGCUGUUUAGGAUCUCCUUAUGUUAACUCAAGCACAACACUUCAGUGUAGACUGUUCAUACAUUUAACAGCCACCCAACUUUGAGACUGGGACUAGGGCUUGCCGAUCAGAAGGUCAGCAGUACGAAUCCCCGCGACGGGGUGAGCUCCCGUUGCUCAGUCCCUGCUCCUGCCAACCUAGCAGUUCAAAAGCACGUCAAAGUGCAAGGAGAUAAAUAGGUGCCACUCCGGCGGGAAGGUAAACGGCGUUUCCGUGCGCUGCUCUGGUUCGCAAGAAGCGGCUUAGUCAUGCUGGCCACAUGACCCGGAAGCUGUACGCCGGCUCCCUCGGCCAAUAAAGCGAGAUGAGCGCUGCAACCCCAGAGUUGUCCGCGACUCGACCUAAUGGUCAGGGGUCCCUUUACCUUUACCUUUACCUUUGAGAUAUGAAGUGGGAAUUACUAUUUUUCAUCUUGGCAGCUACCAGACUGACUGUGGCUGCACAUUGGAAACCUCCUCCUCCUCCUCUGCAAGCCCUCUCAGAGUUUCCCACUCACCAUCGUGAUUUGGGGGGCAGUGCAUGCAAAAAAAGGAUCAUUUCGAUCAGGUGUGGUAUCAAUUCACCACAUAUAUAACCAACACUGAGGAAGUGCCCCUCCUCCAGACACUUACCUGUCAAUGCCUCCUUGUCGACGCUGAUGGGCACUGUUUCUUCUUAGAGCUUUGCGGGAUUUCCCGGUGCCAAGGAAGACCCCUCCCAGAGGGAAUCAAUGAUUGCCGAAGCUGACCUGGCGGCAACGUUCCACCACCUCCUGCAGGAGCAGGGGCAGCACCUGCCGGCCCCUGAACAGGAGUUCAGCACCGAAGUUCGGCUGACCGUCAACUCACAGCCUAAAAGCCUCGAGAGAACUCCCAAGGCUGGUAGGUUCUCCUGUAGCCAAACACCUGAGAAAAUGCCUUCUCAGCACUGUUUAUUUUAAGAAGAGCUAAAAUAUUAAAUGUACAGCCUUUUGUAGAUUUCUGUCUUUUAGUGUGAAUCUAAUUUACAUGCAAAAAUCACGUAUCUCAGAGGAUACAGAGGAUGACCAGGAAUCUCAUCCCUAGGAAAUGGUUGCAGAGCAACAUGGAUCUUUCUUGCCGAAUCCUUCCUGCCAAAGUGUAACAAAUACCACACUAAUACGUUAUUAAAAAUGAGCCCUCUUGCAAUGGACUCUGUGAACUUCUUUUGAAUUUUCAGAUCAUUGCUGUAGUUAUGAUUUAUUCUCAUUUACAUAAAGACCAGGAAGAACAUAGUUCUCCAAGAAUCAAACAUGAUUUCUGUAAUGAUGCUUAGCAACAGCAAACCCUCAGUGCCACCCUGCCAAAAUGGUGGAAAAAACAAAAUAACCCCCACCCUGCCAAUAUUAUAUAUAAUCAAUAUAUUAAAAUAAAAAGGAAAGACGUUUCACUAAAGCCUCUUUCUGAAGACACUUCAGAUAUUACUUGAAAUUAUCAGAGUGAGAGAAACAAAUUUGUAUUAUUUGUGUGUUUACACUGGGGAGGGGGUCUUCGUUUUUUGAUUUUUUUAAAAAUAAAAAUUUAAAAUCUUUUUAAAAUUGCAUUUUGAAAUGGUUAUACUGUUACUGUGAACCAUUCCUCUGCUGUGCUAUCAGCCACUGAGCUUGCCGAAGAAGAGGGAGGUGUCAGGGCCACAAGGCCUGGGAUAAGUUGGUGGCCCCCAGGAUAAAGGACAAGCCACGCAGCCCAGACCAAAACUGCCCCUGUGCUUUCCGUACUUCAGACUGUGGGGAACUACAUGAUGAAAUAUUCCCUUCAUGAAAAAAAAUUCCUAAACUGAUAGGACAAGAGCAGCUUCCUUUUGGGUCGCGUGCAUCAUGUUUCCAAUGCACAGGAGCUGUUUAAUUCACAUCAUUCUUCCUAAUAGCAAAAGUGGCUGGUUAAGGGCCUGUCAGUCUGCAAGUGAAAUGGGACCUCCCAAAAAUAAGGGUUUGGCACCCAAAAACUUAGGGGAGCACUUCUCCCUAAAUUAAAAUGUUAAUAAUAAAUUUAAAAUAAUGUAAGAAGAAGAAGAAGAAGAAGCAAACCACCAAGCCCAUCCUAAGAAGGAUCUGUGAACCAGUGUGGUGUCGUGGUUAAGAGCAGUGGACUCGUAAUCUGGAGAACCUGGUUCGCUUCCCCGCUCCUCCACAUUCAGCUGCUGGGUGACCUUGGGCUAGUCACGCUUCUCUGAAGUCUCUCAGCCUCACUCACCUCACAGAGUGUUUGUUGUGGGGGAGGAAGGGAAAGGAGAAUGUUAGCCGCUUUGAGACUCCUUUGGGUAGUGAUAAAGCGGGAUAUCAAAUCCAAACUCUCCUUCUCCUUCUCCUUCUCCUUCUCCUUCUCCUUCUCCUUCUCCUUCCCCUUCCCCUUCCCCUUCCCCUUCCCCUUCUCCUUCUCCUCCCAGUUUCCUGGCAUGUAUGUAAUGUUGAGUAGUAUUUUGUUUUGCAGAGGGGAGAGGAAGCAAUGACAGACGGAGUGAUACUUGGAGUAUAAAUUGUAGGGGAAUUGGUAAGCCCCUGAUAGUUUAUACGCUAAGUACAGUGGUACCUCUGGUUGCGGACGGGAUCCGUUCCGGAGGCCCAUUCGCAACCUGAGCAGAACGCAACCCGCGUCUGCGCAGGCCGCGAUUCGCCGCUUCUGCGCAUGCGCGUGACGUCAUUUUGAGCAUCUGCGCAUGCGCGAGCGGCGAAACCCGGAAGUAACCCGUUCCGUUACUUCUGCGUCGCCGCAGGAUGCAACCUGAAAAGAUUUAACCUGAAGCAAACGUAACAAGAGGUAUGACUGUAUCCUGGAGGGGGAUUAGGAUGGUGGGGAUGGGAGCUGUGAGGUGAAAGAACUCCAGUUCCUGCAUUUCCCUUUCCCACUCUCUGGAACUCCCCCCCCCCCCGGCUGAAAUGGUGAAUGCUAGCAAACCAGCUCCAAGCCUGACCCCAAGCCCAGUUGGAAGAGACCCCAAGUCCUCCCUGCCCCUCCUGAAACCCCCCUCUCCCUCUCCCUCAUGGUUCAAGGCUGGCUAGAACUUUGAGGCUGCCACACCAGCAAUUGUUGCAGGUCUAUAAACUGUACAUGCCCCCCCCAUGUGGCAGUGCAUUCAAAUCAGUCUUCCAGUCUUAAAUGGUACAGACAAGACAAGUUGGCCCACACAAUAAGCUCUUGAUCUGGAGUGCAUUUCCAAAAGGGCAAUUGGAAUGAAUUCAUCGCACAGACCCUCCAAAAGCAUAAGCCCAAGCCAUCGCCAACAGCCUACAGUUCUGGCAGAUGGAAGACCUUCUUUCUUGGCACUUGGGGAUGGCACGUUGAUUUACGCCUUUUGGCAAGGUGCAGAACGCCAUGUAGCAGGACAAAGAUAUCUCUUCUUCCUAGGCUCACAUUGCCCAUCAGAGGUUUGCAUUUUAAGUAAAAAUGUCUAUGGAAAUGGAUCCUAGUCCAGUUACUCUCAGAAGGUUUUGUUGUGCCACAGGGUUCAGUGCUUUACAGUUACUAUAAAUAUCUGGAAAAUGUGAUUAUUGGAAACUAAAUUAUCCCUAAUGUGGUUUCUCUUAACAAGGUAACAAAACGGAAAAGUGCAUGGAGCAGAGAUUAGACACCUGCAGCCUCUCAAAUUCUGCUCAGUGUGUUCCUCAUUUGUUGGUUAGGUAAUGCUGCUCAGAGUUCAAAGGCCGGCAACAAACCAGGGCUGAGCUACUGUGGAAAAUACGGGGACAAAACUCCAGAACUGGUGACAAGAGCCUUCCCCUUGUAGUUGCAGAGGAUCUAAGCAAACUUGAGAAGGGUCCCCUAGAGUGUGAUGUGUUUGGAGAGUUUUGCAUAGGCCACUGAGGGCAGCAGGAAUUUCUGUGAGCCUGGUCUCCUGCCUCUUAGCAUGGGGCACUGAGGAGCAAUGAAUGGAGAGGAGUUAUUGCCCAGUGGGUGGACUGCGUGCUUCACAGCAUAGCAGGGUUUAUCUAAGCACUGUUUCCCCAAUAAACAAUCCCCUCCCUCCCAAUCCCCAAAGUGGCUUUUUGCUCCACGAGAUAAAACUUUGGGGUACAUAUAACUUUCUCUUAAUAGGUCAAAUUGUCAAAGUAGGUGGGGAAAGCACAGGGACAGGGUUAAGCCGCCCCUCACUCUUGUAAACUUUUCAAGAAAUAGAUAAUCUGAUCACAUAUCUCUUUCAUCUAGUUUGCCCCUGAAAUAAUGGCCACACUUUUCACAUAUUUUGAUUUUUCUGGAUUGAAAACUGGCAAACAACAAGCACCUGGCUAUAGAAAUAUUCUAUUCCUUGCAAUUAAUUUGCUUCCAGCUUUUGAUUUGUUUAGGGAAGUUUUUAAUGUCUGAUGUUUUAUUGUGCUUUUAAUUCUGUUGGGAGCUGCCCAGAGAGGCUGGGAAAACCCAGCCAGAUGGGCGGGGUAUAAAUAAAUUAUUAUUAUUAUUAUUAUUAUUAUUAUUAUUAUUAUUAUUAUUUUGUCCCCUGUUUUUGUAAACAUAUCUAAGGCCAAAGUGAAUAAAUUGAAACUUCUUCCAGAAAGUUUCAGAAAUUAGUAAUCUCGCUCAGAUUGCCCUGAAACACAAGAUUUGAGUUUUGAGUCUAUUCCUCUGAAUCCCAGCCUUGUUCUGUUCCCAAAGGCAAUCCCUGGAAUGAGCAGCAUCCAUCCCAGUACUCAGCUGAUCUGGACACUUCUGAGGAAGACAUGGAGGGAGCCCAGAAGACCCUUGUCUAUCAGCCCCACCACACAAAACGCAGGAGCCGAGCCUCAUCCCAGGAGACCGUAAAUCCAUCUGGAAAUCAGGUAAAUAAGGAAUUGGACACCUUCCUUCGAAACGUCUGCCACUGAAGUAAGCCAAGAGCUGGGAUUUAAGGGUGACUCUUGCCUCAGAGUAAGAAUCUGUGUCCAGGAGCAAACUAGAAACUAAGGUUGACUGACAGAGAGAACACAAGAUUGCAAGAGUCAAAUGCCUGCCCAACGAAAUGUUUUUAUAUUUUUCCUGUUCAAGGUUUCAGAGAAAGCACGCUGCAAAACAAGGAAACUUACUUCCCUUCCUCUUUGAUGAGUCUAAAAAGGUUUUCACAGAGCAUCUUACCCAUGUUCAAACAUUCAUAAAUGGACAUGAAGUUAUAGGCUGUAGCGCUAUCCCAUUCACCCACUGUUAAUCUUGUUGCAUUUUAUGUUCAUUAAUUGGUUGAAUUUUGGUUCCAAGGCAUGUGUUUUAAAUGCAUAGGAUUCAAUGGAUUUCUUUUGGAGCACAAAACAGAACAACCCCUGUUGAUGAGUUGUAAAGUGCUUGAAAUCUUACCUGCAGGAUCAAUGCUGCUUUAUCCAUCUCUGAAAAGUUGCAAGUAAAAAUGUAGCACCAUUUUUAAUGAAACUACAGGAGGUUACCCACCUUGGUUCUGAUUGUCACCCAAACUGGAGAUGAGAAGUACAAUUUAGAGAAAGCAUUCGUGAUCUAACUGACCUCUUUCUAGCGUUGUUCUAAGUUUCUGCAACAAGACCAAGAAUCUUAUGGACUUUUUUUCCCCCUGUAGACCAUGGGGCGGGGGGCAACUACUGAUCUGAAGCUUCCCAGUUCUUCCACCCCAUUGUAUAGUUCUCUUUCUCCUUAUUUUUACUGGCUUUUUAAAGCUUUUCUAUCUCAUUCCAGAACAACUGGAAGGAUAAAUAGUUUAAGAGAAACACAUUGAUUAAAAAAAAACAACAACCAAAACUAUGGCUAUACAAUUUGGGCGAAAUAGGUUUUUACCCCAUCUAUCCGAAAAUAGCUUGGUAAGAUUAAAAAGAAAUUACUUUCACUGGUUUUCCAGACCAGUAGAUUCAUUGGUCUUUUGUAAAAAAAAAAAAAAAAUUACAAGCCUCCUCCCUGUUCCCCUUUAAGUUUUGAGUAACAGGUAUUUUGACAGGUGAGUGGCCCUUCCCAUUUAUCAAAUUUGGCCCACGAAGCAGUUCAUGGUAAGGAUCUGGCCCAUUGGAUGGAUGGGGUGAACUGCAGAACCCCAAUUCAUUUACACUCCUGCAACUGAGAGCGUUGAAAGUGCCUACCCAGGUCCUUUAAUUAUUUCUCUGCAAGUGACAUGAGAAGCCAGAAUCUCUCCUCCAAGAACAUUUCCCCUGGAAUCCAACUGUUUAUAGCUGAAGUUUUUGGAGGCCGUGAAUUGUUAAUUAUUUUUCCAGUUUUGUUGUUGUUGUUUAGUCGUUUAGUCGUGUCCGACUCUUCGUGACCCCAUGGACCAGAGCACGCCAGGCACUCCUGUCUUCCACUGCCUCCCGCAGUUUGGUCAAACCCAUAUUAGUAGCUUCGAGAACACUAUCCAACCAUCUCGUCCUCUGCCCUUCUCCUUGUGCCCUCAAUCUUUCCCAACAUCAGGAUCUUUUCCAGGGAGUCUUCUCUUCUCAUGAGGUGGCCAAAGUAUUGGAGCCUCAGCUUCAGGAUCUGUCCUUCCAGUGAGCACUCAGGGCUGAUUUCCUUCAGAAUGGAGAGGUUUGAUCUUCUUGCAGUCCAUGGGACUCUCAAGAGUCUCCUCCAGCACCAUAAUUCAAAAGCAUCAAUUCUUCAGCGAUCAGCCUUCUUUAUGGUCCAGCUCUCACUUCCAUACAUCACUACUGGUUUUUCAAGUUUACAACCAAGCAAUUCAAUUCAUUCAGACAUUCAAAUCUCAAUGAAAGUUUUACUUAAGACUCAGUUCUGUUUCACACUGUGAAAACUUGAGACCAGUUCCAGCAUAGCGUCUUAUUCAUUUGUUUGAUUGCAUAUUAAAUGUGUACAUCUUAAUGCUUAUCCACAAUUGCUUCCAAGUUCUGAACUGGAAUCUGGAGUUCAGAAAAGCCAUGAAGACACCUGGGACUUUAAGCCUAGUGUGAACCAAGGCCUAGUGGGGCCAAGGACCAGGGAAAGUACCUCACAUCUCCAACAGUUAACAUUAUACCAAUGGGAGUUGUCUUGACUAUGGUGGGAUUAAUCCACUGCCAAUAUGCCAUGGUCCCAAUCCUGAUCCCCUUUGCUAUUUAGAGCUGGUGGGUUACCUUUUUUGGCCUGAGUGCCACAUUCAUCAUUGGACAGCCCUCUGGUGGUUCAGGGGCGACAUUUGGUGUGGUCACCUUAUUGCAGAUAUUAAUAUUGCACAGCUUGAAGCAACUGGAUGCAUAAAAACCUGACUCCUUUUGGAACAAAACAUUGUCUAGACCCACAAAUAUUGUUCAAAGCUUUACUAACCAGAACUUCUUCAAAACAGGUACAAAAAACAUGGAAGAUACAUCUACAUAAUACCAUAAGACAUAUGCCCGUCCAAGGCAUAGGUUCAUCUUCUUAGAAAUAAAAUAACUUAUAACCAGAGCUGACAAACAUAGCUCUCUCUCACACACAUAGGUUCCAUUAGCCUAAGCUCCUGUUACACUUCCUUCUCCCACGGAGCUUGGAAACAAAGAAAAACUCUUCCAAGAUGGCGAAUUUGCAAUUGAAUGCCUUCAUCAAAGUUAAACCCUCAGUUCAUUAUCAACUAGUUAGAGCUCAGAGAUGCAGCCAGUGUUAGCAAGAUACAUUCAGACAUUCUCAAUUUCAGAGUCAAUUAAAUCAUUAUACUUACACCUACUCACAACUCUCUCUCUCCCCCCCCCCCCAGCCCUCCACCUUCAGCUGCUCUGGCAGCAAUCCCCUCUCCCUACCAACUGAUGAGGGAGAUGUUCCCCAUCUGGCCUCUGGGCUUUCUCUGCCCGCCAUACUGACACAUCUACUUUAUUUUUUCAUUUUUGCCACCUCCAGCAAAAUCAGUGAGGUCCUUGGCUGGGCCAGACCCUUGGCUCAGGUUUAGUCACCUCAGAUUUAGAGUGUAUUGGGACGGGGAGAUUCACAGAAGUUGGGGCUGUGUUUUGCCCUGUUCAGCUAUACUUUUAUCUGUGAAGCACAGAUGUUAUGGCCCACUUUUGCUUCUACUUUCCUGGAAAUGAAGCCGCAACAUGUUGUCCCAGAACUGGUUCUCAUAGUCUACCACUGAAUGCUAAGUAACUAAUACUGAGGAACAGGCCCUUCCAUCUUUGUUACUUUUCUUACUGAGAAACACACUGCAUUUUAUCUUUCCUCUAACAAUUCGGCUCUUCUUUUCUUUUGGCAUCAUUGAUUUUUACAGACAUUCCCACCUUUUGAAAGCCAUCAAUUUCACAGCCUUUUAUGGUUUUCUGUUGGCUGCCAAUGGCUUCCCCCACACUAGGCAUCUUGAAAGUGAUCUUACCAGGGCUCUUGGAUCAGGGACAAAUCUUGGAGCGGGGCAUCUAAGCAUCAAGAACUCUCUUCAGUGCUUCCUCCAAGUGUCCAAAUCACAGCAGAGCUCGGUCACAGUGACUUGUCACUUGCUAGUCUGACUGAUGCAACUGAGUUGUUAUUUUUCUCUGUAAAAUGAGAUUUAUUAUCUCUUUACCCAAGACCCUUGAGCUACUUGGGAAAACACAUGUUGAUUCUGCAAAAAGUUAAUUAUACUCAGAUACAGUAAGCAUUUAGUGUUUGUAACAAAGAAAAUGAGCAGAUUAAAGCUACUUCUAUUCCAUAACACUUAGAUCUUCUCUUGUCUGAAUUUGUUUUAUCAAAGUAGCUACUAUAUGGUGGUCCUCUAUAAUCAGUAAUCUCAGUUACUGAAAAGCUCAUUUUGUACUUUUGUAUAUCUCAAUUAGAGUGUUUUGCUAUGAAAAGAGCAAAUAGUCUUUCACAACGGACAUUCCCCAUAUACCAGGAUUCUCGCAACUUCACUUUCCAGCAAUGACAACUCGAAGCAUUUUUCAAUCCAGAGCAGACGCUAGCCAGCUUCUUGUCUGCUUUAGAUUAGACUCCCACAGUUGACCUGGAUUUGAAUUAUGGAAAGGGUUCUUGUAUUCUCUUGAAUACUCGCCACCAGCACCACCUCAAAUACAAAUUCUGGCCAUGACCCAGAAAAGUGGGCAGUUAUUUCUUCCUGUUCAAGCCACACACACCAUGCCAUGUGGAAAACUCCUUUUGAAAAGGAUGAGACAUUUGAAAGGGACUUGUGCCCUGAGCCAGGCUUGCCCCAGUGCUUGGAUGUGCCUAAAAAGAGGGAUUUGGAUCUGAAUUACUGGCAUUAUAACCAAAGCUGUUAUUAGUUUGGGUUUCGCAACAGAAACACACACAAUUCUUCAAGAAACUACAGCAGGAAUUCACAAUGUGCAAAUGCAAGGCACAUAAACAAAUUUCAUUUUCACAGAAUCAUAGAAUUGGAAUGCAGGAAUAAGCAGCGGUCCCAUGCAGGGAUCGAACCUGCAACCUUGGUGUUAUCAGCGCCACCCUCUAACCAACUGAGCUAUCCAGGCUGAACUUAACUUGGUGUUAUUUUUGUCAUAUAUAUUGUUAGCCUUUAGACAGGACACAUCUUAAGAGGAAUGUUUUUGGCAUUAGCAUUGCCCUGAGAUAUUAAGAUUCUUAGCAUUGAGAUUGUUUUAGCAGAGAGGAUACGGCAUCGUUUAUACAGAUAUAGCACAUGUGUCAGAAAUGCCGUGCUUUAGUUCCAAAUGUUUGUAGUCUGCUUUCGUCAUGAACUCGUUAAGCCUCACAAUUGGGAUUUAUUAGGAAAGAGCCAAGCUUUCUUUAGCUGCAGAGAUUCAAAUACUGAGGUCUAAUGAAUUGUGCUGAGCUAAGGGGGUAAUCCAAUUAUCCUAGCUACCUAAAUGGCUUAGAAUUGGCCAUGAUAUAAGAGAUAAGGUGAGUGUAACCCUAUUAUUCCUGCCAUGUUCACAGUCGGGGGCAAAUUCUGUGCUCUGGAGAGUUGUGCAGUCCCUUUGACCUAUGGGAGGAUUUAAGUGGAAGCAGAGCACAAGAGCGGGGCUAAGCAUGGUUUCCGUUAGAGCCAACUCCAGAAUAGAAUUUCAUUCCUACAGGAAAUUCCACUGUGUUUGAAAUUUUGUUUCUGCUCCAAGGGAAAACUAGAAUAUCGGACUCAAAGUUCUGAAGUGUUUCAGUGUAGACAACAAAAAUUCAUCUGAUUUUCUGUCAUUGCUCACAGGGGAUGUACAUUUUGUUUUGUUGUCUGGCAAAAUUUUGAUAUACUUUAAAAUUUAAACAGCAAUAGGAGAAACACCCUUACAUUAGAUUGCCUCAACAAAUAUUUGCCAAACUUAAAUUUUAACUAACCAACCUUCUUGGGUAAUGCAACCCUCAGCUAGGCCCUUAAAAUUUAAAUAAAUUUGUUAGGGUGGUUAUAGCCUCUUCCUCCCAGUCUGUUCGGGGGGGGGGGGACUCCAACCCAGCAGAUUUCAUGGGAAACUGGGGUGCAGGUGGAGGGACAGUCCCCCCAAAUGGCCUCCCCCCUUCCACUGAUGGAUGCACCUGGGCUCUCCGUCCCUGGAGGCUUUUAAGCAGAGCUUGGCUGGCCACCUGUCCUGGAUGCUUUAGCUGAGAUUCUUGCAUUGGCAGGGGUUGGACUACAGGACCCUCGGGGUCCCUUCCAACUCAAAGAUUCUAGGAUUCUGUGAAGGGACACCAACCAGAUACCAACCUUAGCCUUUGCAACAGAAGACCUUUUGCUAUAUUUGCUGCGACAGACUCACAUGGCAGACUCUGGAAUUUGACAGUUUUAUCCCGCUUAUUACGCAGCUCCCUGGCAUAGCCCUUGAAGUGGUUUGCAACAACUUGCAAACAAUAAACUGCAAUGCAAUCUAAUAAUGCAAACAGCCAUUACCUGAAUCACAACACAUUCGUGCAAAAAACAAUUAGCAGCCACAUCCAUCCUUUGAAGGAGUAGCUGGUAAUGAAAGCUAGACAAUGAUGAUGCCAGCUAUCUCUUGUGUAAUCACAGCAAACCACAAGAGGCACCUCUCCUCUGGAUCUCAAUGCAAAAGCAAGCAAGUUUAGGUAUCUGUUAGUCAUUAAGAUGCUAGGAGAUGCUUACAGGGGUGCCACCUUGAUUAAAAUGGGGGGGGGCAGGUAAGCGCCGCUCCACAUAAUUGAUCACAUGCGCACCAUUUGAAUGGCAGUGCCCAUCAACUUGGGGUGUGUCCCUCUCAACUAUUUUACUGGGGGGCAAAGGGACCUCGGCCCCUAGGAGUUGGCCUCUGCACUUCAGAAUUGCAUGAGGAGCUUCCGACAAAACGUUGCCGCAUGGAGUUCUCAGGUGCUUCGGUCCAGCUGACCAGUCAUUUGUUUUUCAGAUAUACUCAGGGUCAUUUCUGCUCUCCUUGGUUCCUUACCCCCCACACCCCACCCCACAGCAGUCAAACAGCAUUCUGUCCUCAGUCAUCUUAUUUGAUGGGUCCCCCCCCCAGCUUUCUUUCUGAACUUACGCAAACCUUGGGUUUUCCCCAAACUACCUAUACCUGCCACUUGUUUGUGGGUGCGGCCCUUUCGGCUACCUAAGAAUGGGCUCUUGGAGCAGGAGUCCACUAGCGUUAUGUGCCAGGAAAUGACAACGCAUCAUUUGUCUCAUCUCUCCUUCGCAUCCCUGUGCGUCUCUUCCUCUGUCCUUUCCCAGGAUACGCCAUUCCUUUUCCUCUCCCAACUGGUUUCCCAUUUUCCCUCCUCUCAGCAAUUCAGCAUUCAGGGCAAAGGGGCAGGGUGUGCCAACACCCUUCACAAACCCGCAACACUCUCUCUUGCACCACGUGAACCUCAGGGGAUGCGGCCUUGGUGCGCAUGAGGAGGGCUGUGUGAAUGACCCUUAUAUGAACAGGAAAAAGGACCGUGUAUUUGGAGGAAAGCUGGGAUAGGAAUGAAGGAAGGGAAGCACUUCUCAUAAGCUCAUUUGCUUUAAUUGAAAACUGAAAAAGAGCUUUUAAAAAUUAGUGGCUAAACUUAGGUGAAUAGAAUAUUCUGACACAAGCUGAACUACAGAGGAGUUUCAGCCCCAUGACUGUCAUUUCCCACAGCAGAUGGAGGAGGAACCGGCCCAUCCCAAAAGAUCCCCACCAGCAUGGACCACCCAUUCCCUCUGCCACCCCUCCCCUCAUCUCCUCUCCCAACCCACAAGGGGAGAUGUCUCUGGUCUUCAUUCAGCCCUGGAAAGGGCUUAGAAAAAUUAGAGCCAGCAAAUCCUAAACUGGAACCAUGGCAGAGAGAACUCAUAUUUCUGAUGCCCUUUAAUCUGCCACAAAGUCACUUGUGCUAGACUUUACAAAGUAUUUGUUUCUCUGGUUUUCCAUCUGAGAGAUUGCCAGCUUCAUCUGGUUAAUUUGUCAAAAGAUUUGAUCAAUGUUGUGCUUGCUUCUAGCUGGACUCAGUUGCUGAAAACUCACUUCAGAAUUUCAUGAAACAUUGCCAGGCUGCAUAUUCAGAUCCAUUAGAAAAUAUUUUCAAUUAAGGAUAUGGAUUACAGCAUUACUUUGACCCUAGCCAAUUUUACAAUCAUCUUUCCCAGUGUGCUUUAAUCUGCUAUGCAGAUCCAUAUGGUAAAAAUUAUCCAUGAGGGAAUUAAUAAAAAAUGAGGCAAUUAAUCACAAAAGCAUAAGAAGCAUAAGAGGCCCUACUGUAAAAGCACUCAGGGGGUCUAUUGUCCUAUUGUUGUUGUUAAAAUUUAUAUACCGCCCUACAACCCACAGCAUUAUUUUAGUUAUAAAUAAAAAGAAUCAAGAAAUACAUAGGCAGCAGUAAAUGUGCCCUUCAAGCAUUUUUAACCAAUGCAAAUGAAUCACUUCACAAAGUGUGGGCAAAGAGGGGAAACGGCCUCAGUCCACUAUACCUGAAGGAGCAUCUCCACCCCCAUCAUUCUGUCCAGACACUGAGGUCCAGCUCCGAGGGCCUUCUGGCAGUUCCCUCACGGCAAGAAGUGAGGUUACAGGGAACCAGGCAGAGGGCCUUCUCAGUAGUGGCACCCGCCCUGUGGAACGCCCUCCCACCAGAUGUCAAAGAGAAAAACAACUAGCAGACUUUUAGAAGGCAUCUGAAGGCAGCCCUGUUUAGGGAAGCUUUUAAUGUUUAAUAGACUAUUGUAUUUUAAUAUUCUGUUGAAAGCCGCCCAGAGUGGCUGGGGAAACCCAGCCAGAUGGGCGGGGUAUAAAUAAUAAAUUAUUAUUAUUAUUAUUAUUAUUAUUAUUAUUAUUAUUACUACUACUACUACUACUUAGCCGGAUGCCGAAGAGAGCAGUGAGGCAUCUGGGCAAACAGAUUUGGUGGAGGAAGGCUCACAGUUGGGCUGCAACCACAAUAAGCCACCCCUUCCUCAUUUCAUUUUAAAAAAGCAAAGCAACAGAAACAGAAUGAAAGAGAAGGAGAAUUAUGUUUCCUCACAAGUUAGACAAGGCAUUGGCACAUAAGUAUGAAUUAUCAAUUACACUGAUGACACCAAUAAUAAUAAUAAUAAUAAUAAGCACCUUCAUACAAGUAUCCCAGAGCGGCUUACAAUAUAAAAACACAGAAAGAAAUAACAUGGUGUUAUUUGCCGUAUGCUUGAGCCCCAGGCCAACAGAGGAAGUUGCCCUCACAGGGGGCAGUUCCCUCUUUUGUCUCCUGUCCCCCCAUCUUGAGAAGGAGAGACCUGCAUUCAAACUUCAUAUAAAACUCAAACUUUGGAAGUUAUUGUGAAAGGCAGUUAAACUUGCACAAUCUGGACAUUCCUCCCUUCCUACUUAACAAAUAAAAAACUUUAUUGUUCACCUUCCUAUGGAACAAGUCCAAGUCCUUGUUAUUCCUUCAUUCUCCCCUUAAGCCCCCCUUUUAGGCAUUAUGCAUGAAAGUCUGUAGUAAUGAAAGAUGCAGUUCUUCCACAGCUGGAUUUGCGCUACGUAAGCAUUGUUUUCAUGGUGAUCCUGGGAAGAAUAUGUUAGCACAAAAUGGUCGUAAUCUGAUAUAGCAAACUGCAAUGUAUAUUUUCACCAAAAAUGCUACUACUCUCCUGCUCUUAAAGCCACCAUCCCAGAAUUUUGUUGUUAAAUAAAAUACUAAUGUCCUGAUCCACCACAUUGCUCCUCUGUAGCAGGGGUGUUAGGGAAAGGAAAGGGGGGUGGGGAGGACUUUGAGAAAUGAAAUAAAACAUAUGGAAGCCACAAACCAUAGAGCAGCUUUCUCCUUUACCACAUGUGCCUUGAUUGGGGUAACAGAUUUGUAGUUUUUGGGAACUUGAGUGUCGAACCCUUGUGUGAAAAGCCUGAAAAAGAUUACCUAUAAAUAAUCUGGCGUUGUUGAGUCCAGUAAUUUCCACUGCACAUUUACGGUGUGAUGAAAUUUAUAUUACUCACUUCAUUUAUCUUCGCAAAAACCUUUUUCCCAUUUAGCUCACAAAAGGGUAGCAAGUUAAAGUAUACAAGUUUAUAACUGAUCUGGAACUUAAAUCAAGGCUUCCCAGUCUCAGUACAUGGUGUAUCAGUUCACAUGGACAGUCUGCAAGUGCAAAAAAAAAGGAAAAAACAACUCACAUUUAUCAUCUUAAAAAACAAACUCAUUUGGGGUUUUCUGGUAACAUUACAAGGCUUGUCUUGCUGUUUUUUAACAGAUUAAAAUUAGCCGUGCUGCUGUUUUUGCUUUUGUUUUAUUGCAGUGGCUGGGACUGCAGAUCUCCUGAUUUCUCCAUCUAGGGGCAAAGGUGGCGGAAGCUAUUCUGCACUUUCUCUUUAGCUGCUAAGAAAACUGUGGUGGUGGGCUCUAUCCUAUGCUGUCGUCUUUCCUUUCUCUUAGAUUCUUGACCUGAACAAACGCAUGUCAGCUGUCGAGCGCAUGCUGAACCGUCUUGAGGAGAAGAUCCUAGUUCACCCAGAUGAGGUAAACUCAGGAAAGAGGACUUCACCCCCCCCCCAGAGGUUGUCCAUCCUAUUAUAUCAUAAAGGGAGUGUUUUGGAUAUUGUGGCCGUCAGAGAAGACUAGCAUUCACUUCCUUUUGGGAAAGAAUGGGUGAAUAGUUCAUCUCCUUCUUCCUCCAUUUGUCUGGUCCUCACACACCUCAAUGUGGUCCAUGUCAACCAUCCACUGGCAAAAUGGAAAAAUAAGAAGAUCAGAAAACCCAGAAAACAUUAGUUUCCCAUCCUGAGAAAGCACCAUGUUGGAAGCUGAUCACCUCAUUCAGAAUUCAUCAUGGAGCACUCUCCUUUCCAAGAACUUGCCCUGACACAACAAAUACCAGCACUGACCUAAUAAUGCAGUCAGCUGAAAACACUAACUAUGUGAAUAUUGUUGCAAACAGUGCUAUUUUUCUAGAAAAAGAGGUGCUGGAACUCACUGUGAACGCCUCCCUUAUUCUUUUAGAAUGGCAAAGGCGCUGGAAUUCAGUUCCAGUGAGUUGUGGCUAGGAAAAAAGCCCUGGGUGUAACAGGUUUCCUCACCCACUUAGGCCUGCUGCAUAUGGUGCACAGACAGGUUGGUUGCUGCCAAACACUAAUCUCAUGCGCUGGGUGCUCCAAACCUUUAGAACAGGUGAGCAAUUAAAGGCAUGCAUUGGCCAUGUCAUGUGAAGUGAGAACUGCCUUGGAGAUGUUGUGCGUGACAGAGCCAGCACCCAAGAAGGCUGCAGCUGCUGCAAGUGUAACUUUUCUCUGUGCUUUUAAUAGGUGUUUGACACUGUUUUUUGUUAGUGAUUUUUUUCAACAGCAGCUAUGCUGCCCAUUUAAUGUACAAGUGGAAGACAACCCCUAUUUUAUGUCUCCACAUUGAAACUACUUAAUGGGCAGGUGGCAUGGUGUGGUUCUUCUUCAUUUCCACACCACCGAGUUAAAUGUUCAGUGAUGGCAAAAAAACUGGACUUUCUUUCUUUCUUUCUUUCUUUCUUUCUUUCUUUCUUUCUUUUCUGCAAAAGGGAAAUGUGUGAGCCCAAUUAGGACGCACAGACUGGCUAUCAUUGCAUUCACGUAACAAGAGAGCUCACUCUGUGGUGGCUAUGCCACAUAGUCAUGUAUUUAUGAAGGCCAGAAAAAGUCCUUGGUCUCUGCAGAUUAUAAUUUAUCAGCAAAGGAAAACUUUCUCCCAACAUGGCUCAGGUUGCAAAGCUUUCCAUAGAUAGGAGCUUGUAAAUAGGGGGGGGGGGGGGAAUGGUGUUUGAAAUGAUGAGUGUGGCUUAGUCCUUGUUUCCAGGCUUUAGAGCUCAUCAUUUUCACCUUGUGAUGCUUACUAAAGAGGCUGCCACUGACUCCGUGGUGGGGUGGGCAAGAACAAAUAAAUGUAAGUUCAGAACUUGCCAUGGGAAAUCAGGUGGGUGGGCAGGCAAGGCAUGGGGCUUGGACAGGGAUGAAAGCUCUCCAAAGGAAGACUGGCCGGGGGAGGGAUGCAUGGAGGUAGACAGGUGGACAAGCGAGCAAGCGCCAGCCUGACACCUAGAGGCCCCUUCAGCUGGGCAGCCAAGCUGCUCACUUGCCUGCCUAGUCAGCCUCAGCAGGGAAAGCAAUAGAACCCCCAGGUUCAGGGAUAGUCUACCUCUGAAUACUAGGCAGGGCACCAUGUUCUUGUUCUGCUCAAGUGGGAAAAUCUCUUGGGUUGGUCCUGAGGCACAUUAAAGCAUGAACUGGAUGGCUGAAGUAAACUGAGUAUUGCUGGUCUGACUGUCUGUCUGUCUGUCUGUCUGUUGCUAGCCUCCAGCUCCGGAGUCCCCUACUGAUCCUAGCAUAGAAGAGAAGGAACUGAGGAGGAAACUAGAAGAGCUGGCAAGAAACAUCAGUGACAAAGCUGUUUCUUCUGAUGAAGAAGAGGAGGAGAAGGAGGGCAGAAUGAAGCAGGAAGGGUCCAUACCAGAAAUAAGCUCGUCUAGCGAUGACCCGCCUACUGAUGCCAAGAAGGUAUGGUCUUCCUUGCAUUUGGCUUUCUUUUCCUUCUGCUUGUUAUAUUUUAUGGAAAGUAGUCUUCAUGCAUCUAAGCUAACUUGCCUUCUGGUAUGAUCAGCCUAACUCAUCUAGCUAGUUGCUAUAACGCAGGUCUUGGGGUGGAUUCGAACCGCCUAAUUGUGCAUCUUGCAGGUGAUGAUUGCAAUCUCUGCUGAAAUUGUCCAUAUGAUUGAAUGGAGAUGAUGAUUCUGCAAGGGGGGUGGUGGAUGAUAUUCAUAAUCACCAUGUGGGCAAUAAGGUUUUUGUAAAUCCACCCUUAAGUCCUACUAACAAAUAACACUUAGGGUCACACCAGAUGUGGCACUGGGAGAUUUAUGAACAUAUCUCAUAGUGUUUGGAUAGCAGUCAUGGGGUCUAUGGCCCUGGGGUAUUUGCAUUUAAUCUUUCCCUCCACUGAAUUUCCCCAGUUUUUGUCCCAUUGGGGCAAGCCAGGCAGGUACCAUGUGAGGCAGAGGCAGCAGCUUUGAGGGAGGGCCCUAGUUUCAUGAUUAGAACAGAAUGAAGGAAGAGGGUUUGUUUAAUUUUAUUUAUGUAUUCAUUGAAUUUAUAUCCCACCCUUCCUCCUUGGGAUACCCUUCUGAUCACUGGAUCCUGUGCAAUGCCCUCUGUAGCAAAAAGACAGAUCUAGGGUAUGACCCACAGUAUGUUUUGGGUGUGUGAUGCAUUGAGACAACUGCAUGGUUGUCCUGGUGGCCAUGAAGUCUUGAGUUGGCCCAGACGAGGCAUCAGCAUGGAUGUCCCUCAGAACAAAUGCCCUGGGGUUCUCCAACACUGCACUGAAGACUGCCUCUGCCUCUGGUGGACUGAACACCAAGAUCCCUGUUCUGUCUCUGCUUCCCAACAUCCAAAUACAAACCCUCAUGUCAAGCUCCCAGAUGGACUGGUCUCCUGGUGACAAUGGUGGGGUUUUUAUGGAUCACUGCCAUUCUCCCCCCUUGCUCCUCCAAAAUUGACUGAUGCCGCACUGAAUAUCCAGGUGGGCAAAGCUGGGUAAGGUCACCCACCCACCCUGAGCUCACCCAGCUAGGUCUCUGUCAUGCACAGCAGAUCAGCCACUUCAUCCACGAUCAGAUCUAUUGCAGACUGAGCUGGCAUUAAGUAACAGCACCAUCAGAUGGGAGAGCAGACCAACAUGGCUACUCCAGUCUCUGUUGGGGGCUGAGCAGGGGCAGCAAGUGUCAAGUGGCUCCAUUCUUCUAUGGCAAUAUUGCCUACCCCCCAUUCUAUACCUCACCGUCCCGAAGACCCUAAUAACAGCAGUCCCCUGAACUCCCUCUGACCCAGGCAGAUGGUGCUGUUACUGGUUCCCCUCUCUCCCCCAGGACCCCUGCUCAGUCCUGCAACAAGAGAGCUCAAAAAUGCAUUACCAUCCACCAAGCAUCCGGCAGAUGUAUCCAUGAAUGGGUUCCAUGCUCCAGGGGUGUCCAUUUUCACUGCCUCAGUUCCAUGAGAUCUUGCCAUUAGCUGCCACCAAUCCUCUGGUGGCCGUGGCAGGGGCUGGUGGGGCACCACCCCAUGGGAUUCGGCCACCCGAGGCGGCUGCUUCAGUCUGCUCUCGUGAGGUCACUAUCCCUCAGAACCCCUCUCUCACCCAAGAGGCUGGCUUAAGUGCACAGAAACCAUGCUGGUGGUUCCUGGCACUCACUCCGGAAUCACAUCCAUUGUCCUGUGUUGCAGCCCCACUUGGAUCCAGGGCCUCCCCAGAACUGCUACUCCACUUUGAAAUGCCAAGUGGCAUCUCUGAUCGCUGGCCUCUUGAUACCGCAUCUAGUUGCACCCUAAAAGCUGGAAUCCUAACAAUACUUACUGUGAGCGAAGCCCCAUUUGAAACCUGCAGGACUGACUUUUGAAGAGCGACUGGCUGUUUAGUAUGUUUACAAACUGGUUCAUGCAGAUCCUCACUCCAUGCAUGUUACAUAUAUCGUGUUUCAAGCAAACCGUUAAACUUAAUGUCAGCCUGUUAUUUUCAGGCAUUUGCAUGUCGGAGCUCAAGGGUUCUCCAACUUCCCAUGACUACAUAUGAGUAAAACAACUAAGAAUCUAAUCUUAAACACAUCUAAUAAAUCUAUCAAACUCUGUAGGACUUCCUUCUGAGUAAAUGUACUCUAUAAAUUUUCAGCUUUGCCAGAUCCAUUAGCCUAGGCAGGAAUGUUAUUCUUCUUAAACUGAAAAGCCUUUGCCAAACAAAUGGUUUUUGCCAUUGCUAAAACACUGCUCUAAGCCAUUACUAUCUCCAUGCAGUGAUUAAUGAGGCAUUUCCGUCUCUGAUUCCAAGAGUCUAUGGACCCGUAUUGAUAGUUUUGGCCAAUAUGUGUCUGGUUGUAACACAUGAAGGACAAGGAAAGAUUCAAGUGUAAUUUUAAAAUGGAGGAGUGUGUGUCUGGCAUCUUUGUGAGCACUUUUCCUUUUGAGGGGCUACAUUAACACAAAAUGCAAAAAGUUGCAUUCCUUUGGGUUCCUAAUGGCUUCUUUGUCAAUCCUGCCCUGUUUGAUUGUUUCCGAGUCUCAUUCUGCCCCUCUGAAUGAACAGUCAUAGCACUGAUCUUGAGCCAGGUUCUCUAUAUCACUCUGUGAAAGGCGACUUUCAUCUUCAUCUAAGAGCAGGAGCGUUUUUUCUCAUGAGAUCUUUCAUGUUGUUCAUCAGCAGCUUGUGGGGUUGGGCUAAAAGAUCUUCAAAAAUGUAGAUACUCGGAAGAGAAAAUGGUGAGAUGCUAAUGAGAGGGGUGAUUAGUAGAUAUUUUAGAUAGAGUAGUGCCUCCUACAAACACACAAACAUCCAAUUCAGAAAUUGCUCAGAUGAACAGAAGUAAUUUUUCUUCGUAUCUGAACUUAAAUUAAAAUUAGUGUUUUGAACAUCUGAAAUAUCCCUCAUUAUCCCCCCUCCCAGGCCACAUUGCUGCAUUUCAAAGACACAGCAGUAUUUUGUACCACCUGGAGCAGGAGUUGAGCUGACCUGGGCAUCCAGUUCCAUAGUCUUUGCCCAGGUCUAGUAUUGCCAACAAGCCCAGAUCAAAUCUGGCCAGAAAAAAGACUCUGGGGAAUGGAAAUGUGAUCCAGAUGAAUCCCCAGGAGCCAUAAUUCCAAACCUGCCAGCAGAUUCCAAUAUAUUCUGUAAUUUGACAGUGACUCUAUUCAAUAUUAAUUCAACAUAAAAAAUCGCAAGGUACAACCCACCUCGAAUUUGCACAUCUUUAAUUGGAAUCAUAGAAUCCCCUCCAGAAGAUGGCGGACGUAGUUCCUAGAGCGCCCCUUCUUAAACAUGCCAAGGUGGGCGCAGCAUUCAUGCUCUGCUUCCUUGGUAGUGUUCAGGAUGAUGCUGAAGUCUGUACCAGGCAGUUUCGUCUUGCUAGAGGGCCCAGCAGCGUCAUAUUGAGAUCUCUGAAGAUUCUUGCAGAGAGCUGAGCAGGGUAGCAUACAAAAUAAAUUCUGAAAAAUCAUCAGCUUGUAAGGCUUUCUUAAUUUAUUUAUACUUCUACUAGUUUACUUACAUUGCAUGUUUUGUUUCUGUUGCACUUUCACAAAUGAAAGUGAAAAGACAACAUUUUUGCAAUAGUGAAUGACAAACGCAAGCAGUGACUUUGCUGGCAGCAGUUAACCUGCUCUUUACAAUUUCUCGGCCAUUGUAAUAUCAGGUAAAGAUUUCACUGAGUUUCACAUGUAUAUAGCCAUUGUUAUACAUGACCAUUCGUCUCCUACAGAGACCCUGCACACUGCAGUAACAAGCUGGACUUCAAGAUCUGGAUCAGUGUUUCAUUGCAUUCAUUUCAGACUUCAUUACCAUCAAAGGCAUCUUUUUUUGAAUGUGCAGCAGCCACAAUCCUGAAAUGCGCAUGCCGUGUGAAGCAUUGUCAUUCAAAGCUGGGUUUCACUGAGAUGGCUCUAAAGACGGAUCACUCUAGUCUUUUUAUAUUCAUCCAGACUUACGAAGUGGAAAUAUUGCAAAGCUGCUUAGGAAACGUUAGUCAAGCAAAGUACAUAAAAACAAUUGUACAAAUAAGAAAUGUGCUCAUGAAUCACUGUUGACAAACUACAAAUGAAUACAUGCAAACUUCAUAGGCAAACGCCACAUCAAUACACUGUUGAACGCAUCAGAUCUAAAAAAAUAAGAUUAUUUUUUAAAUCUGCAAACCAGCAGAAAAACGAAGAUAGCAUAUUUUGGCAAACCCACCGUAAUCUAUUUGGGGGUUCUCUUGCUUUCCACCUUCAUCAUUUUUAAUGGACACCAAUUAAAAGUCCUAAUAUUCAGUGUUGCCUACACUAAUUUUAAUUGCUUUCUGUGCAUACAUUAGUUGUUCAGCAAUUGUAUAUCGAAUUAGCACUCAUCAUGUAGUGCAGACAUGCCUGCUGAGAUGCUGUUUCUCUUUUUGCCCUUGGUCCCAACCCCGAGGUUGACCUCAGAAAUGGGGGCAGGUCCAUGUAGUUUGUGCCCACUAAUUGCCAUGUACAAGCAUCAGAAGGGUUGUUCCUUGGGAAAUCUCAUCUCCCAACUUGGCCUUUUUUCAGCCAUCCCACAGAUAUUUAGCUUUAGUUAGCAUGUUUAGUAUUCUGGGCAUCAGCCCUAGUGAUUUAGCAAGUUUGAUCAGCCUCUUGCCAGCCCCCUCCCCUGCCCCCCAUUCAUGCUGCCCCUCCAUUCUCAAGAAGGAAAGUCUUUAGAGAUGAUGCAGACCUAGGAUUGCCAUAUUUCAAAAAGUGAAAAUCCGGACACCAAACUCAUUGAGCUUUUUUUGGAAUAUCUCAAUGAAGAAGAAGUUUUUGAGCUAUUUUAAAGAAAACUCACCUAAAUCUACACUUCCUGGACAUAUCAGCUAUUUCUGCCUGGACACUGCCAAAUCCUGGCUAUGUCCAGGAAGUUCUGGAUGUAUGGCAGCCCUGUGCAGACCUAAAUUAGGGAGGCUUUGGGCCAAUGUAAUCAUGCACAAUUGAGGUUGCACAUCCUUUGUACAGGGCCAUGUGAUAAUGCACAUACAAUCCUGACAACAUUUACAUCCCCAUCAUCCAAACCACAUGAAGAGAUGUGUCUAACAUUAGCAUCUACUCAGUUCAGCCAGCAAAUUGCUCAUUUGUGGACAGAAUCCUUCUCAGAAUCCUUCUCAGAGUCUGAACACCAGCCAGCUGAAUGAAGAGCACUUGUGAAUAGAGCAGCCAUGAACUGUGUUAGGGAUCCCAGCAAUAUCCGAGAGCAGAAGCUGCAUGUACAGUCCUAAUGAUCCAUCCUUGUAGUACCGUAAAUGGCACAGGUUUCUAAGACACCUGUGGAGCAACAGGUAUCUCAAACAGAAAACAGAGGCAAAAGGAAUCAACCCCUGAUUCAAGUUUCAUCUUCAUAUCACAUCUUCCUAAACCUGAAACUGAGGUUAUAAACUUCUGUUUCCCUUUGUGCCAGGCAAUUAAGAGUGCCUCUGAGAUGGGAUUUUCCAUUUCAUUUAUAAAAGUGAACACUCCUCUUCAAAUACUUAUGAGCAGGGUUGAGGCAAGCAAACUCCUGCUUAUCUGGAUCCUCCUCUUACCUGGAUCCUGCAGGCAUACGGACCCCCUUCCCCCAGGGCCCCGUCACUUAUCUGGGCAGCGAGUGGGUACUCCCACUGGGCUCAUUUUCCCCGCUGGGCUUGGGACUAGGACUGCCAGUCCCAGAAUCCUCUGCACAGAGUCAAGUUUUCUGUUAAUGGAUACUUGGACUGGUAACCCCAAUCCCAUUCCUGUCAGGAAAUGAUGCUCUGCCUGGGGAGCAACUCCCUGUUCCCUGACCCAAGGUAAGUUUUGGGUGUAACAUUAUUGACAGUCUGCCUCCCAAGGGUGAAGAUAAUAAGAGCCUGGCCGGUCCAGCAUUCCGUUUCCCACAGUGGCCUCCAUGCUAAAGGAUGGGGGAAAUGUAGACGAAGGGUUUGCUUUCAGAGCCCCAUCAUUACCACUGCACACAGGGUGCCUGCAGGCCUUCACCCCCAUCACUCAGCCCUGAACCCUCUGCAGCCCCACUGCAAGGAGGGCAAAUGCCAACGCCUGCCGUGCUAGGCAAUGUACGGGUGCAUCUGCACGGCCAGCCCAGCUUUCUCUUUGGCAACCCCCCUCUCUGUGAGAGAAUCACCCCUUCAUAAUGGUUACAGUCUUCUCUUGGGAGCACUCCAGGACAAGCAGAAAGCUUAUGGAUACAUUUGGACUAUGUUCUGUGUGUGGCUGAACUGUGUGAUGUGUCAAUUUCAAAAGUACACAAUUAAGGAGAAAUGUCCGAUGUACGGUAUCAAUAUUGUUUUGCUACCCUGACAGUGAAAAUUGCAUUAUGCACAAUGACAAGGAUCCCUGGGCAGUAGUAACGCAUCAUCCAGCUUCAUCCUUAAGCACUGCCAUAUAUGAUGCAUCUGAGAUUGCAGGGCAGCAGUUGAAGAAGGAGCAAAAAGGGUUUUCUUGUGUGUGUGUGUUUCUUUGUGGCUGAUUGGCUGCUCUCCCUGUGCAAAGGUCAGAGGGGGCCGGGUUUCUGUUGAGGCAGGUGAUUAGCUGUGGGAGGAGCUUAUCAGAGAUUGCAGGGCAGCAGUUGAAGAAGGAGCAAAAAAGGGUUUUCUUGUGUGUGUGUGUUUCUUUGUGGCUGAUUGGCUGCUCUCCCUGUGCAAAGGUCAGAGGGGGCAGGGUUUCUGUUGAGGCAGGUGAUUAGCUGUGGGAGGAGCUUAUCAGAGAUUGCAGGGCAGCGGCUGAAGGAGGAGCAAAAGGGUUUUCUUGUGUGUGUGUGUUUCUUUGUGGCUGAUUGGCUGCUCUCCCUGUGCAAAGGUCAGAGGGGGCAGGGUUUCUGUUGAGGCAGGUGAUUAGCUGUGGGAGGAGCUUAUCAGAGAUUGCUGGGCAGCAGUUGAAGAAGGAGCAAAAAGGGUUUUCUUGUGUGUGUGUGUUUCUUUGUGGCUGAUUGGCUGCUCUCCCUGUGCAAAGGUCAGAGGGGGCAGGGUUUCUGUUGAGGCAGGUGAUUAGCUGUGGGAGGAGCUUAUCAGAGAUUGCAGGGCAGCGGCGCGCGCCUAGCGGCGCGCACAGUUUGAUCCAUCUUUUAGAUUUAGGGGAGCUAGUCUCAAACGUUUGUUGGGGAAGACCUACGUUUUUUUUGUGGGGGGAGUUAUUUUUCCUGUCUUCACGCUUUUUAUGAUGGAGGACCACUGUAGCCAACCCCAACGACACGUUCUCAAGAUGGAGGGGGAGGGAACAGCUGCAGUUGCCUGCGGUUCCUGCGCAAUGCUUGCCAUCUUGCCAAAGGUUGCAGGCAGCUUUACCUGCAGCAAUUGCAUGUUGAUUGCCCUCUUAAAAGACAAAGUCCAGCAACUGGAGGAACGUGUAGCUACGCUCCAAAGAAUUAGAGAGCUGGAGCUCUUCUUGGAAGCAACAGAGCACACCGUCUCCACCAAGGAGGAGACAGGGGACUCCCCUGAGAAGGACGCUAGUUCACCAACACAGGAGCCAGAUAUAUGGAGAAACGUGACUCAAAGAAGUAGGAGGCCCAGGGUUCGCUCUGAUUGUUUAGAAAUACACAAUCGCUUUGAGGUCCUCUCCCCUAGCAUGGAAGACGAAGAGCAGACUCCAUUUGAGGAUCUCUCCCUCAUUACAGUCGAUCAGGUAUAUGAAGACGAGCAGCAAAGUCAGUCCUCAGGGAAUGUGCAGGCGACCUUGGAGCGGACAGCUCACGGAAGAACCCCGGCCAAACCUAAGAGGAGGCGUGUAGUGGUGAUAGGGGAUUCCCUACUGAGGGGAACAGAAGCAGUGAUCUGUGGGCCUGACAAGAUGUCUCGGGAAGUGUGCUGUCUCCCGGGGCUAAGAUCCAAGAUGUAACUGAACGACUGCAAGGAAUCAUAAAACCCACUGACAAAUACCCCUUCCUCUUGGUUCAUGUGGGAACCAAUGACACUGCAAGCAAUAGCCUCCAGAAGAUCAAAAGAGACUACGAGGCUCUGGGCAGGAAAUUGAAGCAAUUAAAUGCACAAAUUGUGAUCUCAUCUGUCCUCCCAGUUGAACGAGCGUGGCCCAGCGAGAGAGGGAAAAUAGUGGAAGUGAACAGCUGGCUUCGCAAAUGGUGUAAACAGGAACGGUUUGGAUUCUUAGAUCACGGACUGCAGUUUCUUGAAGAUGGACUUCUGGCAAGCGAUGGGCUGCACCUCACAACGGUUGGGAGAAAUGUUUUUGCCAAAAAUCUCAGAAACCUCAUCAGGAGGGCUUUAAACUGACUAAUGUGGGGAGGGAGAUAGUGCUCCUGAAGGUAGGAGUCUAUCAAUUGAUGAAGAUGAUCAUCCAAAUGUCAUAGACCAAAUGGAGCAAACAGCACACAGACCUAGUGGUGGGAGGAAAAAAUCCUUAAAUAAGAGUCACGGGGAAAUGAUUAAUGGACUUCAAUGUCUGUACACUAAUGCGCAAAGCAUGGGAAAUAAACAAGAUGAGCUUGAGCUCUUGGUACAGCAAACUAAAUAUGACAUAAUAGGCAUCACUGAAACCUGGUGGGAUAAGUCCCACGAUUGGAAUGUAAUAAUGGGGGGAUACAAUCUAUUUCAGAGAAACAGACCAGACAAGAGAGGAGGAGGAGUGGCGUUAUAUGUCAGGGAUGUGUAUACCUGUGAAGAGAUCCAAGAUUUAGAACCUCAAAGCCAAAGUGAGAGCAUUUGGGUCAAAAUUAAGGGAGAGAAGAAUAACAGUGACCUCAUUGUGGGAGUUUACUAUAGAUCCCCAAGCCAAACGGAGGACAUAGAUGAUGCCUUCCUGGAACAGAUGGCCAAGCAUGCAAAAGGAGGGAGAUAGUAGUAAUGGGGGACUUCAAUUACCCGGAUAUUUGUUGGAUGUCAAACUCAGCCAAGAGCAUAAGGUCAAACAGAUUCCUCACUGGCCUUGCAGACAACUUCAUUGUCCAGAAAGUGGGAGAAGCAACAAGAGGAACAGCCAUUUUAGAUCUGGUCCUAACCAAUGUUGAUGACCUGGUUAGUGGGGUAGAAGUGGAAGGAUCAUUAGGCGCAAGUGAUCAUGCUCUUCUGAAGUUUACUAUACAGCGGAAAGGAGCAGCCAAGCAUACUAGGACUCAAUUUCUUGACUUUAAGAAAGCUGACUUCAUAAAACUUAGGGAAGUGCUGGGUGAGAUCCCAUGGACAGUAAUACUAAAGGGAAAGGGAGUUCAUGAUGGCUGGGAGUUUGUUAAGAGGGAGAUACUAAAAGCACAACGUCAGGCAAUACCAAUGAGACGGAAACAUGGAAGGUGCCUAAAGAAGCCAGGGUGGCUAUCUAAAGAACUUUUAACUGAGUUAAGAUUAAAAAAGGAUGUGUACAAAAAAUGGAAAAGGGGAAACCACCAAAGAGGAAUUCAAACAAAUAGCCAGCACGUGUAGACACAAAGUCAGAAAAGCUAAAGCACAGAAUGAACUCAGGCUUGCUAGAGAGGUUAAAAGCAACAAAAAAGGCUUUUAUGGGUAUGUCCGUAGCAAAAGGAAGAACAAAGAAACAGUGGGGUCACUCAGAGGAGAAGAUGGUGAAAUGCAAACAGGGGACACAGAAAGAGCUGAACUCCUCAAUGCCUUCUUUGCCUCAGUCUUCUCCGAUAAAGAAAACAAUGCCCGACCUGAAGAAUUUGGAGCAAAUGAUUCAGCAAAGGAAACACAGCCCAGAAUAACUAAGGAGAUAGUACAAGAAUACUUGGCUAGUUUAGAUGUAUUCAAGUCUCCAGGGCCAGAUGAACUGCAUCCAAGAGUAUUAAAAGAACUGGCAGAUGUGAUCUCAGAACCACUGGCAGUCAUCUUUGAGAAUUCCUGGAGAACAGGCGAAGUCCCGGCAGACUGGAGGAGGGCAAAUGUUGUCCCUAUUUUCAAAAAGGGGAAAAGAGAGGACCCAAAUAAUUACCGCCCAGUCAGUCUGACAUCAAUACCAGGGAAGAUUCUGGAGCAGAUCAUUAAGCAAACAGUCUGUGAGCACCUAGAAAGGAAUGCUGUGAUCACCAAUAGUCAGCAUGGAUUUCUGAAAAAUAAGUCAUGUCAGACUAACCUGAUCUCGUUUUUGACAGAAUUACAAGCCUGGUGGAUGAAGGGAACGCAGUGGAUGUAGCCUACCUUGAUUUCAGCAAGGCAUUUGACAAGGUGCCUCAUGAUAUUCUUGUAAAGAAGCUGGUAAAAUGUGGUCUUGACUAUGCUACCACUCAGUGGAUUUGUAACUGGCUGACUGACCGAACCCAAAGGGUGCUCAUCAAUGGUUCCUCUUCAUCCUGGAGAAGAGUGACUAGUGGGGUGCCACAGGGUUCUGUCUUGGGCCCGGUCUUAUUCAACAUCUUUAUCAACGACUUGGAUGAUGGACUCAAGGGCAUCCUGAUCAAAUUUGCAGAUGACACCAAAUUGGGAGGGGUGGCUAACACCCCAGAGGGCAGGAUCACACUUCAAAACGACCUUGACAGAUUAGAGAACUGGGCCAAAACAAACAAGAUGAAUUUUAACAGGGAGAAAUGUAAAGUAUUGCACUUGGGCAAAAAAAAUGAGAGGCACAAAUACAAGAUGGGGACACCUGGCUUGAGAGCAGUACAUGUGAAAAGGAUCUAGGAGUCUUGGUUGACCACAAACUUGACAUGAGCCAACAGUGUGACGCGGCAGCUAAAAAGCCAAUGCAAUUCUGGGCUGCAUCAAUAGGAGUAUAGCAUCUAGAUCAAGGGAAGUAAUAGUGCCACUGUAUUCUGCUCUGGUCAGACCUCACCUGGAGUACUGUGUCCAGUUCUGGGCACCACAGUUCAAAAAGGACAUUGACAAACUGGAACGUGUCCAGAGGAGGGCAACCAAAAUGGUCAAAGGCCUGGAAACGAUGCCUUAUGAGGAACGGCUAAGAGAGCUGGGCAUGUUUAGCCUGGAGAAGAGGAGGUUAAGGGGUGAUAUGAUAGCCAUGUUCAAAUAUAUAAAAGGAUGUCACAUAGAGGAGGGAGAAAGGUUGUUUUCUGCUGCUCCAGAGAAGCGGACACGGAGCAAUGGAUCCAAACUACAAGAAAGAAGAUUCCACCUAAACAUUAGGAAGAACUUCCUGACAGUAAGAGCUGUUCGACAGUGGAAUUUGCUGCCAAGGAGUGUGGUGGAGUCUCCUUCUUUGGAGGUCUUUAAGCAGAGGCUUGACAACCAUAUGUCAGGAGUGCUCUGAUGGUGUUUCCUGCUUGGCAGGGGGUUGGACUCGAUGGCCCUUGUGGUCUCUUCCAACUCUAUGAUUCUAUGAUUCUAUGAUUCUAUGAUUCUAUGACUGUACUUGAUGAGCUCUGUGAUAUAGUCAUUUUGCUGAACUGAUAUGCUUGGUGGCUGCAUUGUUUAUAAUCUGCCGGAUUAAAAAGUGGCAACUCUACUUUCUGGUGUUCCUGUUGGUGUCUGCCCAAGUUGGUGAGGUUGGGGAGGAAAGGGGCUUGAAAGGAAAGGGACUGAUAAAACAGGCUUCACUUGGGGAGGCACUGUCCGCCAUGAGCCGUGUGGCUGGGCAAGAGCCCCGCUCCCUGGGCAUGUAGAAUCAUAGAAUCAUAGAGUUGGAAGAGACCACAAGGGCCAUCGAGUCCAACCCCCUGCCAAGCAGGAAACACCAUCAGAGCACUCCUGACAUAUGGUUGUCAAGCCUCUGCUUAAAGACCUCCAAAGAAGGAGACUCCACCACACUCCUUGGCAGCAAAUUCCACUGUCGAACAGCUCUUACUGUCAGGAAGUUCUUCCUAAUGUUUAGGUGGAAUCUUCUUUCUUGUAGUUUGGAUCCAUUGCCCCUCCAGGUGCCUUCCCUGCCGGAAGAGCCGUCUCUCAGUGGCAGAGCACAAGCUUUGCAGGCAGAAGGUCCCGGGUUCCAUCCUCGGUAUCUCCAAGUCAGGCAAAAUCACGUUUUACUGCCUGAUGCAAAACGGAAAUGUGUUGCCCCUCGCCCCAUCAUUCCCAUGCCCCGUUGCUGAAGUCAGCAAGGACUGAGGUAUUCUGGCACAAGGCUUUCUGGCAUCAGGACAAGUGGGUGGGGUGCUGCCUCCGGCACUUCCACUGCCUGAGGCAGGUGCUUCACCUCCCCUCAUGGGCAGGCUGGCUCUGCUCCAGCUCAGCUAAGACUGGGAAGAGCCCUGCUGCAGCUGGUCGGUGCAGUCAGUGUUGAGGUAGAUAGAGCAAUGGGCUGACAGAGGGCAGCUCCCUUGUUCCUUUCUUCUGAGAGAGCAGCACCCCGUGACAGCUCUGCCAUCCACCUUUCGGGAAUAGUAGGGGCAGCCCCUUCUAUUUCGCCACCUGAGGUGACAUGAGAAGGUACCACUAUUGCUGCUUCAUUUCCUGGGGUCACACAGCCGGCAGUGGCUGUUCCCCGAAGCUGCCACCACGCAAUGCUGGUAGCAGCAGGAGCGGGGGGGGGGGGACACACGUGUGGAGUGGCUCCCCCAAGGGAUUCCACCGCCCAAGGUGGCUGCUUCCAUCUGCCUCAUGGGCCAGCCGGCCCUGGAAACAUGAGCCUUAUUAGAUAGGCAGAGUCUCAUGGGCUAAUGACCUGUGGAACUCAAGAUGGCUACAGAAACAUUGUUUAAUGAGAGAGACCACUUUUUACCUGGGGGUGGGGUGGGGACAGCACAGUGGAGACCUCCAAUGAGUAAGUAAUCCUUCACAAUGCUGCUUGAAAUUCAGAAGUGACAUUCCAAACAUGAAUAUGAUAGUGGCUUCAGUACUGAAUUCAAGGCAGCAGAGAUGACUACCUUGCCCUGGGCUUCCUAAAUCUGAAAUCAUCUUAAUUUGAAUAUUUUUUGACUGGGGGUGGGGUGCUCAUAUUCCUCAGUUCUAAAAUCAGUUCAGCAUGAAGCUUGCAAUGCAAUCACUGAAAUGUCCAUUUAAUAUGCAGAUGGUGAUGAUGGCGCAUGUAGAAAGUCAAGAUUUGAAUGCUGUGGCGACAUGCUGAAUAUGUAUUUCAAAUGUGUGAAUUCACAUGGUAUAAAUCCUAUUUCCCCACCCCUCUGCAGUCCUCCAUCUCCAUAAUGAUUUGGUUUCCUCUUAGCCCACCUGGCAUUGUCCUGAGCAGAAAAGAGAAGUUGCCCCUCAUAAAAAUUCUUCCCAUUGGGCACAGAUGCUCCCCAGCAUGAAGAGGUUCUCGUGUCUCUAAUGGGAGCUCUUCACUAGCAUACUGAGGUGCUGCCUUUGUCGCAGCUGCCUUGAGUGAAGCAUUAUCCCAAUCAAAGCAUUACGUGGACAGUUCCUCUUGCAGCUAAGAGCCCUGCGGGGACAAUGAGGACCCUUUAAUUAAAGAUCGACAUAUGUUCCCGCUCUUUGCCUGUCUGCUCUUGCCUCUCAUUCCCCCAUUUCCACUGCACAGCACAGGGGUUAAAAUGCCUCUCUUUGGCUGAGCAUAGAGGUUGCAGAGGUCACUGGCUAAGGCUUUGUGUGGCAUCACAGCCCAAGCGCUUAAGAGCCAUUAACGCCCAAGAAAGAGCCCUGCAUGACUCAUUGGAGGGAUAAAGGCAUUAGGAAGAGGGCUCUGUUCUUGGAUCUUGAGAAAGAGGUAGGAGGAGUUGCCUCUAACCUAUCAAGGACUUGAAAGAAACCUAUGAGUCGGAUGUGUGUCUUAGGCGGAUAAAUGAAAUAAGGCUGUUUAGUCUGUGCACAAAUAAUGGACAAGAGUUUUGUCUUUCACCUUAUAAAUAUGUAAAUGGGGAUUAUAAACUAGGAAAGGAUCACAUGAAGGUGCCAGGAGUUAUAGCCAUCCCAGUUUGCUGGCCACUAAUAUAUGCUGAAACUGGUGGCAAUAUGAAAAGGUGUGUGGGGAAAAUUCUUAUCCAUAGAGCAAUGCAAGCAGAAAAGGUGGCUGUCUAGUGUAGUGCCAUAUUUUGCACCCCCAAUUUCAAUCUCACCUCAGCCAGGAAUUUUCUGUGUGACCAGCACCAGACCUACCAUUGGGCAGAGUGAAGGGGCCUCUUGUGUGGCUGAGGGGAGAGGAGCGUUCAGAGUUCCCCCAGCCACUCUUCCUGCCGGGUCCCCUGCUAAGCUAGCCUUCAGGUGCAGUGGAAGAUGCCUGGCCCAUCACCAGUCCCGGAAUAAGAUUCAGCUCCCAGCCUGGUCAACUUCUGUGGCCCUGCAUGGGCGAGUGAGGCAGCUGCUGUUAACCAGGAGGCUGGUGUUCUGAGCCCAGGCAGGGACAGGGUUCCUGCACUGCAGGGGGUUGGACUAGAUGACCCUACAAUUCUAUGGUUCUCUAAGUGAUUUACAGAAAUGUAAUCAGGAUGAUGCUGAUGAGUGCAAAAUGUAAAGCUGCACAUGCUCACAAGCCGUGCCACCUGGGCUGCCCUGGGUCCUCUAGGAGCAAAAUGGCUUGGGCUGACCCUUUGGCUCCCCUAAGAGACUCAACAUGCAGAAGAGCUCUGGAAACAACUUCUGAUGGGUUGCUUCAGUGUCCUUGCGAAGGGCGAGCCCUGCUAAAUCCACCCAAAACCACACAGUGGCUGUCAGUCACAAAGAUAUGCCACCUCACUCUCCCCGACCCUCACCCUGCACGGUGACAUUUUCCUUCCAUAGGGGGCUUGCAAGAGGUCCAUGACUGUAUAAGUUGGCCUGGCGGGGACAUAAAAAGAGCCACACAUCGUGUUCUGGAGCUUCAGAGGUAGCCUGAAGGGUCACGUCAGAUAAGGCUGCUUUCAUAGAAUCAUAGAAUCUUAGAGUUGGAAGGGAUCCUUGGGAUCAACUAGCCCAACCCCUGCAAUGCAGGAAUCUCAGCCAAAGCAUCCCUGACCAUCCAACCCCUGCUUAAAAGCCUCUAAGAAAGGAGGGUCCACAAGCUCCCACUGUCUGCUGUUGAACGGCUCUUACUGCGUUACUUUGAUGAAGGUCCAUACUUCCAAAGCAGCCUGCUUUGGGCUCGGAGGCUGGGCUUCUUCUGAAUGCCUCUAGCAUUUGUGUUCGUUCACACAUAGGAAAGCUGAGCAUAAGCAGAGGCAAGUGGAGGCGCUUGCUCAGCAGGCAGCAGGUCCCCAGGGAACUCCUUGGGCAGCCCAUCUCCCCACACUCUCCCUUCUGCACUUUCCAGCAGCUCCAUCAAGAAACUCAGCAAUCUUUCACUUUCUUUCUGUCUCUGCCCUUUCAAAGUCCCAGGCUGCUGUUUUUCACAUACACAACCUGCAGAGUCAUCUGCUCAGACCCCACUCCUGCAGAUGAAUUUCCCAGUCAGAGAUCUUCUAGGAUCGCUAAUAAACACUAAGAAGUUUUGCCAGCUCCCUGACUGCUCAUUCACAAGCCAGCCAAGUCUUGCAAAGAGCAAAAGGCUACGUUUAGGGCUGUGCACAUUAUGUGAAAAUGGGUGCUUGGCUACUGGAUUGUUUUUUUCUUUCAAAACAACAGCUUCAGGGAGAUGGGUUUGACACACACACCAUGGUCAUACCAAAAAUCACCAGUCUUGUAGCUACAAUUUAACCAAUGUCAUCUUCCUUGUCAAAGCUUAAGGGCAGGGGGUCAUUGGGACCAAGCUGCAGAGAACAGUAUUAAAUGCCUCCCUCCCAGCUGUUGUGUUAAAAAGAAAACACACAUACAAUCCUCCCCACCACAAACACACAAAUCCUACUGAGUUAAAAGCAAGCAGGCCAAAGUGUUGCUGCUGCUUUGGCGAUCCCUCACAGCCGAGUAAGAUUGUCUUCCAUGAACACGGUCUUAACAGUGAGUCCGUAAGUGACUGUGGAGGCCAAUUCUGGAUCCACAUGUCCUUCCACAAGGGGGACAUAGGUUUCCGUGCGGGAGUUGAUCACGGUGAGGGUUUGCCAAGUGUGCCUUCCUCUCUUCCAUCCUGAGUUUGAGCGUCUUCAAAGUCCAUGACUGUUUUCCAAUUGGAGCGCUCGCAGGCCAGUGUUUCCCAGUUUAAUUGUGUUUUAUGACCGCUAGGUGGAUACCCCGCUGGGUGUAGUAAUCCAGUCAUGGAAAAAGGGAGGCGGACUAUGUUUAGGGCACCUUUUCAGGGUGAGCAGAGUGGAUCCUAAAAAGGGCUGCUCAGUCAUGGAUACAGCUGCCGAGCUGCUCAACUGCCUUGUUCCUUGAGUCAGAGCGACUGAAUCUGUAUCCACCACCCAUGUGCUGGUUCAUGACUAGGGGCUUCCAGAUUUCACAGUCCUGCCCCCAUUACCAUUUGCCGAUUACCAUGGGACUUUGUUGGGUUUGAGAUGGGUUUUUAGAAGACGCCUGUGCGUUAAUUUGUUUUGUGUGUGUAGAUCAGUGCACACUGACCAACGCACAGUCUUCGCAGUAAGGCUCUAUUCUGAUGGCCUGAGUAAAUCACGACGACCAGUAGUUUCUUAUCUGCUGUAGCCUUCAUCCGCCUUCAUAGCCAUUGUAACAUACUGCUUGUUAUCAUCUGCCUGCUCUGCCAUUGAGGACUUCUUGCAUCAUUCUUUGUCUAGCUCCUCCCCUUUGACCUUACUGCCUUGGGUGACCCUGCUGGGAGUACAAGAUUCCCGAUGGCUUCACUCACAAGGGUUAUAGGAAUGUGCAAGCCCACUCACCACAGCAAGGUGAUGAUCCAGCGAGUGAGAGGCCAAAGUGCACCUGUUUGCUGGCCCAUAAGGUAUUGGAAACCAUGUACAGUCAUACCUUGGCUCCCGCACGCCACAAACCUGGAAGUGGGUGUUCCAGUUUGCGAACAUUUUUCAGAAUCUGAACAUUCAACAUGGCUUCUGAUCGAGUGCAGGAAACUCCUGCAGCCAAUUGGAAGCCAUGUCUUGGUUUUUGAACCAUUUUGGGAGUCAAAUGGACUCCUGAAACAGAUUAAAUUCGAGAACCAAGGUACGACUAUAUAUGAAACUAUCUUCCAUGGGAUCUUUGUGAGAAGCAGAAGCAAAGGAUCUUCAUGUCAUUAGCAGGGCUCACUGGUCAGGCACAGCUAAUCCAGGGCUUUGGUGGGUUGUGAAGUACACCUUUGACUGUGCCAUUCAUUCAUUUUUUAUUAUGAUCAAUAGACCAGAACCAGCAAUAAAUUUGAGCUGCAAGCAGUAAGGAUAUUGACUUGAAACUGAGGGGGAAAGAAAGAAAUACAACUUAAAUCUUAAGCAAUAAGUAGAUAGCAACAAAUAAAUCCCAUGGAAUAAAUAAAUAGAUAGAUAAAAAGCUAUAAGGACAUGUAAAUAGAAUAUUAUGGGGUGUAAUAAAAUACAGCAUUUAAAAUAGUUGGCAUGAAGGCACACACCCCCAGUCACACUGCCAUCUCGCUAAGAAGAAAACCUUCAAACCAUCCGCUGUUUUAUCACCCUCUCUGCCAAUGCUAAAAACUUUGCAGCUACCAAAAAGAGAGAAAACCUUAUAUAGUAAAUUGUUGGUCUGCCAGGUAAGGGACCCAUCAGGUAACUAAGCAGGUGUCUGAAAUGCCAGAGCAGAAGUUGCAAAGCAAACAGGGGCCGAUGUGGCACAGUUGCCACCUUCUGUGGCUGCCCGGGCACUGGCUGCCCCUCCGCUUGGAGGCUCAGUGUCAUCGCCAUGGCCCAGAGCCACUGAUAAACCUCCCUAUUAUUCAGUUCCCUUCUCCAGUUGUCUGAGCUAGUGACCGUGUCUUGUAACCAUGAAUUUCAUGGAUUAACACUGCCUUAUGUGAAAUGACUCUUUAUUUUGUCUCUCCGGAAUUUGCUCCUAAUCAAAUUAAUUAGACGAUCCUAAGUCAUGUCAAAGUGCAAGUAGAUAAAUAGGUAUCGCUCCGGCGAGAAGGUAGAUGGCGUUUCCGUGCGCUGCUCUGGUUCGCCAGAAGCGGCUUAGUCAUGCUGGCCACAUGACCCGGAAGCUGUACACCAGCUCCCUUGGCCAAUAAAGCGAGAUGAGCGCCACAACCCCAGAGUCGUUCGCGACUGGACUUGAUGGUCAGGGGUCCCUUUACCUUUACCUUUUUAAGUUCCAAUAUGAGAGGAAGAAAAUAAUUUGUCCGUCCACUUUUUCCACAUUCUGCCUACUUUGAAAAACCUCUAUCCUCUCCCUCCCCUAGUCAUCUUCUUUUUCUAACCCCAAAGCCCCGAAUUCUUAAGCCUUUUGUCACAAGGAAGAUACGUUGACCCCUUGAUCAUUUGGGCUUCACUGUUUCCAGCUCCGUUAUAGCCUUGCCUAGAUAGGGCUUAUGGGACUGUAGACAUUAGUCCAAAUGUGGGAGAUAAUAUUUUAAAAAUCUGUAUCUGGAAGGUGACCUAAUAUUGUUGGCUCCAGGUGUUUGUUUCUGCGGGGAAAGCAUCUGGGCUAGAGAAGAGGCCAAGAGACCGAGGCCAUGGUGCCUAUCACAGCACAACCACCGACUCGGAGCUCUCUGAACUUGAAGACAAAGUGGCCUUUGCAGUGGCGCAAGUGCAGCACACAGAGAGCGAGGUAAUCUUUGGUUUGGGGAAGUCAAAAACUUUCAAAAACAAAAGCAGAAAAUUAAUCAUUAUUAUUUGUAAAUAUAGAUCACCCUACCUCCUGAAGGAGCUCAGAGUUGCGUACAACAUAAAAAAACCUGAUAAAACAUCCGCAAUUCAGUGAGAAGUUACAAUAUAUGAAGCAAUAUACCCCAAAAUGUUGCCUACUUUUGUUGUAGUGGGUCUCCAAGCGGUCAUAUGUUCCUAGCUCAAAUCAGACUUAACUAGUCCCUUUGGCACUUGAAACCCCCUUACGGGAUGAUUCAUGAGGAUACAGGGGUGGUGGAAAAGUAAUAAUUGGUUCUAAUAAAAAUGUAGUCUCUUCCUGUCAUGUCUUACCACUGCCUGCACAUGACUUCCAUGUUACUGAUGUGAAAUCAGAGUGAAACCCAUAAAACGCAUUGAUUGAAGCAUACUUUUGAGAAUGUCUGGUGUUUUAUGUCCUGCUUACCUGGACCAGAACUACCUUCAUUGGGAAAUGACAUGGACUGUUUGCUCUCAAGGUAUCCGAUAUAGAAUCUCGAAUAGCUGCUCUCAGUGCUGCUGGCCUGACUGUUAAACCAGUGGAAAAGUCUAAGAAGAAAUCAAGCACCCAGGUGAGUAAACUAGAGUUUUGCAAAGAAUGGGAAUACUUAUUCAUGAACUCUGGAAGGAAACCUUUUGGUAAAUGUAGUUCAGUUUAAAACCGGUUGGAGGCCAUUAGUAUUGCAGUAAUAAAUAAAAUUCAGCUGCAAUAAUGGAAUGGUACACUAGCAUUUCCCCACAGCUAAAUGUGGAAGUGGUCAGGGACUGAGCUUAGAGUCAUGGAAGGCUUUCCAUAAUUGGGUUUCAGUGAAGAAGACACGUUGCCUGUGGACAACACUUUGUUGCUUUCUAGGGUUGUGAUUCUAAGCAUACUUCCUGGCAGUAGGUCCGAUUGCACUUGGUGGGGUUUCAGACCAGGCACGUUCAGUAUUAUGCUUCACACCUGAGUUCUUAAUCAUUUCAUUUAUAUGGCUCUUUAUAGGGCAACAUAAGCAAAAAAUGGGUCCCUGCCCUGAGAAGUUCACACUUCAGCUUUCGAGAGGUUUGGGAAGGAAGGCAAGAGCAGAGUAGGAGAAGCAUAUGCCAUUACGUGGACUUAGGCUUUGUUUCCCUUGGGGAUAAGGACCAAGGAGUUAAGUCAAGGAUAUCUUAGUUAAGAUGCAUUUUGCAUUUUGAAAGCAGAAAGGCAACGUCUGAGAGAUGUUCUGGGAGGAAGCUAUAGGCAUAAGAGGCAGCAAAAGAGAAUGGGUGGAGAAAGCAGGUUUGUGGACAAAAGUAAAAGCAAUUGCUAUGAAGUAAACUUUAACAAAUAUUCAUAAGAAUACUAAUAAUACUAAUACGUACUACUGUUUGGUGGUUACCGCUCUUAUCCACAGCACUGUGAAUAUUAUGUAGGAAUCAAGAUUUGCCUAAGUUUAAUCACCAAAGGACGUAAGCCAAAGGCCCAUGUAGUCCAGCCUCAUGUUCUUACAGUGACCAGCCAGAUACCCAUGGGAAGCCUGCAAGACGGACACCAGCACAACAGCCCCUCUCCCUGCUUGCAAGCCCUGAAUUCAAGGGCAGGCUGCCUCUGACGCUGGAGACAGAGCAGAGCCACCAUGGCGAGUAGCCCCUUCGCUACAAGAGUAGCCCCAGACUCUGCAUGCAAGCGCCAGGCACCAGGGCACACUCUUGGAACAGUCUCACUCCUUUUGCGACAUUAUAUAGAUACCUCAUUUUAGUUUGGCUUUGCACAUAGCAGGUGGAGGUGCACAAGCCAGAAGUCAGGUACUCUCUGAACAGGACACCAGCCCGGGGGGGGGGGGGCUGAGGGAGCUGAAAAGGGAGGGGUGAGCCAUCUUGACGUAACCUGCCAGUUUCUAGUUGAGGUGUGCUUGCUGGUCUGUUUUUUGCUCUACAGCAAAGCAGAGCAAUAUGUUUCAUUUCUUCCAUCCCCAAGGUGUUUAUCCUUCAGCCUCCCAGGAACUCUUAUAGUUCUCUAGAAGAUCAGAGUCCAGACACUCCUGUUGCAGCAUCAGCCGGUGACUUCAAAGUGAGUGCACGUGCCUUACGGAGAGGCAAGCAAGACCAGAAUCCGUUAGCAAUUUUCUGGCCAAGAGAUAAAUCUGUGUUAGGGGCCCCCACGGGGAUUAAACAAUGCAAACUGAAUAAAACGGAAAAAGUGACAAAACGGGAUUAUGCUCGGAACAGAACAUUGGCAUGCGGCUUUGAACCUCUCUCUGUUUGUGCUUUUGUAGGCUGGUUCAAGGGCUUCCCUGGCUUUCUUAAAAACAACAACAACAAUGUCUAGCUGCUUGCUGUUGGUCACUGAAGUCCUUUGAUUAUAUAGUCCUGGAACCAGCCAUGCCUUUCAGCAUGCCACCCAUUCUUGGGAUUGUGUGUGGCGAAAAAGAUGGCUGCCCCCAGGAGACUGUCCCUUACAAUGGCCUUGUAAGGAGGGAAAGGUGGCUGUGACCCAAGCAGCCAGAUUUUUUAAAAAAGUAAAAAGGAGCCAGGACAGCCUCAGAUCAUAAGCGCUUUCAAAUUUUUGAAUUUUUUUAAAAAGGGUAUAGAUUUAAUUUUUAAAAUAUUUUUUAGAAUUUUUUUUUUUUAAAAAACCAUUUUGCCUAAAAUAUCACAAUGGAUGUUUGCUGGAACUGAUAUGCAAGGGGCCAUAUUAGGAGCAUCCCAUCCAUCCCUAUCAACCUUGACAUAAAUAUUAAACAGGAUAAAAAUACGGAACCAAGAUAAAAGUAUAACUACACAAUAUAUAGGACUGCCAAAAGCCUUAAAAAGGUGCAGGACUGGACCCUUCCUCCUUGGAGUGCCUUCUAUAUAAGGGUGGGUGUGCUUAUGCAUGGGGUGGGGGUGUUUGUGUAUACCCCCCCCCCAUGAAAGAAUAGCUGGACAUUCCUACCACUCAAACUGCACCCCAGGAACCUCAAAGCAGAAACCUUCCCUUUCCUUAACUAUGGAAUUGAGUCCCAAGGUCUUAGCAGUACUUCUGUUGGUCUCUUGACACCCAACAUUAUAAAACUGCAAACAGGACUAGGCUGAACGUAGUUGGGACCCACCAUCCCAUAGAGGUGAGGGGGUGGGGAGGGGAGAAGAAUAGGUUGCUUAACAUUCCUAACAUCUCUAACUGUGCUCACAUGCCAUAAUAUAAAUGUUAGGGUGGGAUGGGCAAGACACUCCAUCAGGUGUGAAUGAAGUUUCAGAAAAGCUGUGCUUAAGCUGAGGUAGAAGAGCCGCGAUGAAUGCUGAUCCACACAUUGGCUUGUUUGCACUCUAAUUAAGUUUGUACUCCUUUUAGGUAAUGUCUAUGCCACAUGUGUUGAGGAGAAAAUUCAACACUUCACUUGAAACUGCAAGUAAGACUUGUGCUUAUUUACGUAUGAAGUAGAGGGAAAUGCUUAGUGUUUUGGAGAGGGGGAGUUUUUUGCAGUAAGCCUGGGAAUCCCCCGCUUAGGAACGGCUGUCCAAAGUAUAGCUAGAGUUCAGUUAUUGUCUGUUGGGGGUCUCUGAAGUUGUGGACUCUGAUCUGUCCACAUACAAAGAAAUGUUCUGAGCAACUAAGAAAACCACAAAAUCUCUCUCUGAAAGUUAGUCUUUUUACAGGAUUGUCUGAUAAUAUAAAACACAAGACAGCUUUAAAAGUAUAACUUUCAAAAAUUAAUCAAUUUCCUUGAGAAAUUUUGAAUUGCUCACAAUGAACUAAGAAAAAAAGGAAAACAUAAAAUCGACAGAUUUACAAAUUCUUGGCCUGACUUCAAAAAUUCUACCUUUCAGAUUUCAUUCUAAAAUGGGCUUAUACUGACUUGUAGCCAAGUAAAAUUUAAAGUCUUGAGUGGGCUAGGAAUGAAAUGUUGAUACGUCUAUCCCUGCCAUGAGCCAUCUCUUCUCCAGGUUUUCUGUGACUCCCCCCCCCCCAAAUUUUUUGGCAACAGUGACUCUUCUUAAAAAUUCUAACAAAGUUCAAACCACUGUGUUCAGCUGCCCACCUGCACCUCUGGGUGCCCCAUGUUUUUCCCACAUUGGUAAAAUGCUGCAAAUUUUCCAAAAGUAAUUUCCUGUGGCAGCUGCACUGCUUCUGAGUUAAUUGCCUCUUGCUUCCUUAUUCACAGCUCAUCUCAGUCACAGCACUGAAGUGGCCAGAGAUGUUUUGUCUGUGGUUUUCAUAGAUCUAUAGGCCAGUGUGUUGAACACUUGAAGCACACUGUACACGUGUUUGGUAUUAUUAAAUGCUAAUGAUAAACCCCUUUUGUAGAAGGGCUGGUGGGGAAUGGGAAAAAGCAGUCAUUCUCCCACAGAGCCCUAGAUCCUUACCAUUAAACUUGAAUGGUGAAGGAGUGUAUUUCAUGAUCUGGGCUGUGCAAUGUCGUUUGUAUUGUUCCGGAAGAAGUCACCCAGUCUCGCCCUUAAAGGGCAGAAAGAUAAACUGGCUGACUUUUCACUUUGCUUAUGCAGAUAGAGUGAAAAUAUAGUCAAAGGAGAGUAGCCUAAUCACUCACAGUUUUCAGACUGGAAGGGGAGAGGAGCCACAUCUUCCUGCCACUCUCUCCUGGGGGUCGAUGAUGUACCAAGUAGCUGAGGGAAAUAUGCAGAUAGGAGAAAUUGGAAACAGACAGUAGUAAAUUGGAAGAUUAUUUUGGAAGAGAUUCAAAUGUCUGACUUCAUGCAUUUGUCUUUAAUGGUGCUACAGUCCCAUCCCAGAGGGAGUCCUGAUGGGAUUUUAAAAGCAACAGAACACCCCAGUGUGAACACUAUUUAUUACCUUUGCAUGACAUGAAUCUGCAAACACAAUAUUAUGGUGUUGCUGCUUUACCCCUUAUUUCAGGGAGGCCUAUUGGAAAAAAUGCGUAAGCUUCUAAGGAACCACACUGAAUCGCAGAAGUGUGUGUGUGUGUGUGUGUGUGUGUGUGUGUGUGUAUUGCAGGACUCUGCUUUCCCCUUUGGCCCAUCCCACCCCCCUGAUUUUGUCUUGCUGGCAAUACUUUUCUGAUUAGAAAUCAGACUUCAUGACUUUGUGCAAAGGUUUCUGGCAAAAUAGUUCCAUCCAAAGGCUGAUCUCCAACAUAGUUCAAAUUGACUCCUCCUCCAGCAAUAGGACCUCCUCUUUCUUCUCCUCUUUCAACCUUCCAGGUUGUGCAAAUCUGCUCCAGAGGAAGGGGAAAUCCCACAGCAUGAGGGGAAGUUUGUUCCACUCCUAGACAGAUCCAGUUAAGUGUCACCCAAAGCAUUUAUUUGCUGCCACAGCAAGAAUAAAUGUAGAAAUCCAAGUAGCUAAAUAAUGAACACUUGUACCAGCCCUCUGGUACCAUGUUUCAAGUUGCUGAUUUAAACAGCUGCAGCAAAAUCUUUCCCCCUCCAUUUGCAGAAUAGUUCAACUGUUUCAUACUUCAGACCCAAAGACUUCAAACUACUUCAUGUUCAGGUGUUUACUUCUUAAAAUAUACAUGCAGAAUCCAUGGAAACGAGGUCCCAAUUAUUGUCCGUGCAAAUAUGCUGGCACAAGUUCUAUAUCUGGGCACCAUUGAUGCCCAAGGUGAGGCAUAUGUGCCCAAGGUCAAGAAGUGUUGUCAGAAUAUGUCCCCAGACCACUUGAGUUCUUCUAUGGCAGAGUUGCUUUUGUUCAUGACUGCAUGGUAGAUCCGUGUGGACGUGUGCCACCAGAAGGGGUGACCUCACAGCUAGUUUUUGGCCAGCUAGGCUUUUGCAACUUGCUAAAAACCAAGUACAGUGGUACCUCGGGGUAAGAACUUAAUUCGUUCUGGAGGCCUGCUCUGUACUUGAAACUGUUCUUAAUCUGAGGUAACACUUCAGCUAAUGGGGCCUCCUGCUGCCGCCGCUCCCGCUGCCCCUGAAGUGUCUGUAACCUGAAGCGUCUGUAACCUGUGGUACCACUGUAUAACUCUUUCAGAACAAGGGGAAACUUUUUUGUGUGUCAAAGCUCAUUUUAAAAUGACUGGGUGUUUCUUGUUUUGGUCAUCGUUACAGUACUCUUUUAUGCUAUGAAUUGUAUGUGAUUUUUUUUUUUAGUGGUGGAUAAUAAUAAUAAUAAUAAUAAUAAUAAUAAUUUAUUAUUUGUACCCCGCCCAUCUGGCUGGGUUUCCCCAGCUGCUCUGGGCGGCUUCCAUAGAAACAAAAAAACACUGAAAUAUCAUACAUUAAAAACUUCCCUGAACAGGGCUGCCUUAAGAUGUCUUCUGAAUGUCAGGUAGUUGUUUAUCGUUUUGACAUCUGAUGGGAGGGCGUUCCACAGGGCGGGUGCCACUACCGAAAAGGCCCUCUGCCUGGUUCCCUGUAGCUUUGCUUCUCGCAAUGAGGGAACAGCCAGAAGGCCCUCGGCGCUGGACCUCAGCGUCCAGGUAGAACAAUGGGGGUGGAGACGCUCCUUCAGGUAUACUGGGCCGAGGCCGUUUAGGGCUUUAAAGGUCAACACCAGCACUUUGAAUUGUGCUCAGAAACGUACUGGGAGCCAAUGUAGGUCUUUCAAGACCGGUGUUAUGUGGUCUCGGCGGCCGCCCCCCAGUCACCAGUCUAGCUGCCGCAUUCUGGAUUAGCUGUAGUUUCCGAGUCACCUUCAAAGGUAGCCCCACAUAGAGCGCAUUGCAGUAGUCCAAGCGGGAGAUAACUAGAGCAUGCACCACUCUGGCGAGACAGUCCGCGGGCAGGUAGGGUCUCAGCCUGCGUACCAGGUGGAGUUGGUAGACAGCUGCCCUGGAUACAGAAUUGACCUGUGCCUCCAUGGACAGCUGUGAGUCCAAAAUGACUCCCAGGCUGCGCACCUGGUCCUUCAGGGGCACAGUUACCCCAUUCAGGACCAGGGGUCCUCCACACCAGCCCGCCCCCUGUCCCCCAAAAACAGUACUUCUGUCUUGUCAGGAUUCAACUUCAAUCCAUUAGCCGCCAUCCAUCCUCCAACCGCCUCCAGGCACUCACACAGGACCUUCACCGCCUUCACUGGUUCUGAUUUGAAAGAGAGGUAGAGCUGGGUAUCAUCUGCAUGUUGAUGGACACCCAGUCCAAACCCCCUGGUGGUCUCUCCCAGCGGCUUCAUAUAGAUGUUAAAAAGCAUGGGGGAGAAGACGGAACCCUGAGGCACCCCACAAUAAUUGGCUGUAUUAAGGAGUUUCAUGGUUUAACAUGUUGGUGUGGGUUUUAAUUGUACUUUUGUGGUUUUAUGUUGUAAGUCACUUGGAAUACUUCUGCAGAUAGACAGACGAGCAGGUAGAGUCCCCCAACAUCUGCAACAAGAGUGCAGUUUGUCAGUUCUUGUACUGGUCUACCAGCAUAGUCCCAUUUUCCCUUUGGAGUGUUCUCCUCAAGGAAUGCCUGGACUUGGCUGCAGGUGGUUCCAUUUCACCAGAAAACGGCCUGAUCAUCACACAACAUAUGUUCUCUCACCUUUGUAGUUCCAUGAAGGUUCAGGAGUUUGCAACUAGAGCUCAGAAGUGGGGUUGUGUUCUUGCAAGCAUAGUCUUUGCCUGAAUGAUUCUUAUGGUAAUAGCAUAAUGUCAUAGGCCCAGUCUGGGCUAGCAAGCAAAAAUGUUAUGCCACUCACUCUGAGUCAUCCAUAGUACACUGAAAUCUUGUCCUGCUGUUUUAUUUACAUGUGCCAGAUUCACCCUACAGCAGAAAUAGGCAUGCUUUUUUAAAAAAAGAUGGGACUUUGCAAAUUUGGCCAGUGCAGUUUUUGAAGUCCUAUCUUUGCCCAUGUGUAGCACAGACUAGUGGAUUGAUUACUGGACAGUGUCAUGAAAAGUGUGGGUUCAGUGUAGUUAACUAGAGUGUUGGGCUUAAAACAAGUAGAUCUGGGAUUAAAUCCCCACUUAGCCAUGAAGGGACGUGGGUGGUGCUGUGGGUAAACCACAGAGCCUAGGACUUGCCGAUCAGAAGGUUGGCGGUUCGAAUCCUCGUGACGGGGUGAGCUCCCGUUGCUCGGUCUCUGCUCCUGCCAACCUAGCAGUUUGAAAGCACAAAAGUGCGAGUAGAUAAAUAGGUACCGCUCCUGCAGGAAGGUAAAUGGCGUUUCCAUGCGCUGCUCUGGUUCUCCAGAAGCGGCUUAGUCAUGCUGGCCACAUGACCCGAAAGCUGUACGCCAGCUCCCUCGGCUAAUAAAGUGAGAUGAGCGCUGCAACCCCAGAGUCGGCCACGACUGGACUUAAUGGUCAGGGGUCCCUUUACCUUUACCUUUAGCCAUGAAGCCACCAAGAGAUGACAGACCUUCUCUCAGCCAGACCUCCCUCAAAGUGGGGGAUGGGUAAGUCUCAGCAUCAUUGUUCAUGAAAGGGGAAUGAAGUCUUCUGUCACUGGACUAGUCUGAGGUUUGAAGUGUUGCUAUGUCCUCUGAAUCUUAGAAACAGCCACUUAUAAACGGGUUCAGCUGUUUCCUUCAUUAGGUUUCACAGACAAUUAGAUUUGAUCCAUAGUCAUUUACACCCGGUCAUAAGAGAAUGUAAAAUGUUAACCACAUUGAGUGGUACUUUGGCCUGGUAUAAAUAACUUCAUGCGGUAUAAAUUGCUAUAUAAAUGUGUCCUGAAAUGCUGCCAGCAAGAUACAUUUUGUGCCCAUGUUGUGUCAUUCUCCACACCCUGAAAUGCCAGCCAGCUCCAAGCUACAGAAACCAAGUCAUCUGUGUCCCUCUUUAGCUUGUGCCUGAACUCACUGUGCUCAAAAAAAUAUUAAGAGCUGAUGCACUGAGCUACGAAUUGGGGAGUCCUUGCUUCACAUCUUACCUCUGCCAUGAACCGAGGUGGCCUCAGGAAAGAGACCUUCCUCUCACUCAGCCCCCCCCCCCCAAUAUGGCAGGAGUCAUUCUCACAUCACAGAACUGUUCCAAAGAUGACAGCAAGAUAAUGCUUAUGAAGCACUUGGCAGCACUGUGCACAGGCUACAUGUUAAAAUAUUUGUAUGUAUCAGUAAUGGAGGGCCACAAAAAGAAUUCCAGUGUUGAUAAGAGCGAGCGUCUGAAAAUGAAUAGGAAGUCACAGACUAGUUCAGCUUAGUGUCCUGUGACUAGGGAUGGGGAAAUCUACCCAUCUCGCUUUCCUCCUGUUUCUCAUUUUUCCAGGCUUAAGUUCAGUUCUCCUUAUUUCCACACCAGUUUGCAGUUUACCGUAUUUAUUUUUAAGUCCUCGUGAAAAUUCAUCAGUAUUUUAAUUUUCAGAUUUCUCCUUCCAUUACAUAUUUUUUUGUGCCACCUUACCUAGCAUACACACUUUUUGCAGAACAAUUUCCCUAAUAUUUUGCAUGUUAUUUUCUAAAAUAUUCAUGAUUACGCACACCAUGUCCCAGUAGGUGCAUUUUUUUCACAUUACUUGGCUGGAGAACUGCAAGAUUCAGAGAAGGGCAAACUUCAAAAGAUGGCUGUUCCAAUCCAUUCCAUUCACUUGCUUUUGGGGAAAAUGCAAAUUUGGUACUUUCCCUUUUAAAUGUGGACUGAAUCGGACUUCUCCCUCCCCUCCCCCAACUCCCUGUGACUGAAUAGACUAUGAAUCACUCAGUCAGCAAAUCUUCUGAAUGAUGGAGAUGUGGAGAAAGCCAUCUGACCUGUAUGGAUAAAUGGGCUCCCAGAUAGGCCUCCUGUUUUCACACACCUCAAAGGCUUCCUCUAGAAAAGCUCUCUAAAGCAAAACAGUCAGUCACAAUGUCCUAACAAACGCCUCUGCCUUCCAUUUUUCAAGACAAUGCUGAAUCAUUUGCUCGGAACUCCAAUUACAGAGGAUCUUUGACACAGCGAAAUCCAAAUGGAAGAAGCAGGAAAGCAGAUCACAUCUUUGCGGCAAGUAUUUAGAAUCCAGCUCAUUGCCCUUCUGUAAGCUGAAAGGUAGUAGACUAGCCAGGGACAGCAGAGAGGAGUUAGUGCAGGCCACCCCAAAUCGAGAUGCAGAAGGAAAACGGAGUUUUGUCUCUUGAUCAGAGAUUAUAAGUAUGUAGGCAAUUCAAAAUGGGAGAGGUACAAUCUUUCAUGAGUCCAACUCCUGUUAAUACGAGAACAUGCAUAUCCUUGAAUUAUGCAAAACUCCUUAUCAGACAUAAAACCUCAGCGCCUAGGACUUGGUUCGAAUCCCUGCGGCGGGGUGAGCUCCCGUCUUUCGGUCCCAGCUCCUGCCCACCUAGCAGUUCGAAAGCACCCCUAAGUGCAAGUAGAUAAAUAGGUACCGCUUUAUAGCGGGAAGGUAAACAGCGUUUCCGUGUGCUGCGCUGGUGCUGGCUCGCCAGAGCAGCUUCAUCACGCUGGCCACGUGACCUGGAAGUGUCUCUGGACAGCGCUGGCCCCCGGCCUCUUAAGUGAGAUGGGCGCACAACCCUAGAGUCGGACACGACUGGCCCGUACGGGCAGGGGUACCUUUACCUUUUACCUCAUCAGACAUUAGACAGAAUGAAAAGCAGCUGAUUAGAAAUUUCACAAAAUGAAAGUACCAUGACUUUUGGUGACAGCCAUAUUGCCCAAACGUUUUGUCCUCGACAUCUGUGCAUUGUUGGGUUCUGCUUUAACCCUUUAACUGUCUUAGUAUGGUUCCUUACAUUGCCCUGGGGUGCUUCCAACACAAGAAAGAUAGCAUUGUGGAUAUCUUUUUUGCUAUAACUUUAUUAGUGGUAGAACCCUGUUCUGUGAAAAGAGUACACUACAGGCGACUCUCCAUUUAGGUGGGGUUACAUUCAAACCCCUGUGCACAUCAGUGAAAUUGCAUAAAAUGGGGAAUCGCCUGUAUCAGCUCAGCAGUUGCAUGGGGAAGAAGUUCCCCUCAUGUCAGCUGUGUAAGCCCCACUGUCCCUCUGGACUCACGUGAGCCAAAGGGACAGCAGGGCCUGCACAGCUAACCAGAACAGCUUACCACCCUGUUUCGUCCCUGCUCACUGAGUAUCUCUGAAACGACCACCUUCACACCCUGCAAACAGUGAAAUGGGGAAUGUGGGUGAACAAUUUUGGCCCAUCCUCAUUGAUACCAGAAGGGUUCUCAUCAAUGUUUUGAUACUUUACAGAAGCCUGUGAUGACCCAUCGCUCUUGAACAGAAUGAAGUCUUCUAAGACCUCAACUCAAGAUUUCAUCCCUUCAUUCUAUUUUCUUUCUUUUCUUCUUUCCAUCUGUUCACCUGCAGUGCUAGAUCUACACAUUUUCCUUCAGGGGUCAAAAGCCUGCACUGCUCCCUCCCUUUGCCUGAGUCAGGAAACAGGAAAGAAGCAGGUUGGAAAAGAAUUCUCUGGGCAACAUCCCUUUGAAAUUUGGUUCCUACAUUCAUACUAAGAGCCCAACUUAGUAAAAGGAAUUUCUGUUCUAGGAUUGACUUAAUUACCUGCCCACAUCUAUUGAACAGGACUCAUAGCUAAAAUGUUUUUUCUUCAUGCACUGCUAAAGUAUGCGUCCAUAUUCUGAUCAUUUGGGCUGGUGAAUGUCAUGUCAUGUAGGUUUCAGUGGUCAGCACUUCACAGUGCCCUGCAGUAAUCAGGAGGGUUUUUUCAAAGGUCUGGAAUAUGGAACCAGAAGGCAGAAUGCUGGGCUUUCACCCUUAGCUGCCUUUCAGUAUCAGAUGAUACAGAACCCCCAGAACAGCACGCAGAGGAGGAGAGGGGGAACAUUCUGUCUGGCAAGCCAAAGUGCUUGCUCUGAUGGAACAUUUGAUCGCCUUAGUGCAACGUGGGAUUCUUCCCCAAGUGUCCUGUGGUUCCUUGAAGACUAACAAAUUUACUAUGGCAUCAUAAAUGAACUAGAGCCCAUUUUGGAGCCCCAUGGCAACGCAGGGCACAAGGAGAGCCUUGCUAGACCAGACCAUUUCCCACAGUGGCCAACCAGAUGCUCAUGGGAAGUCCACCAAAGAGAGCAGGAGCAGCACAGUCCUCUGACCCUCUUCCUCCCCAGUGACUUACACCACAAAUACAUAGGUUUUUGCCAGCCUUCAAGGUUCACAGAACUCUUUGUUGGUUUUGGCAUGCCAACGUCUUGCAGCUCUGCCUCGUUCUGGAAUAUAUUAGGGCUCUGGUGCUUAGCCAGGAGUGCAGGCCGUGGUUGCACAGGCAUUAAUCAGAGAGGCUUUCUGCUCAAAUUUCUCCAUGCAAGGCAUCUGCCUCUUCAGAGUUGCAGAAAUGGUCUGUGCAUUUUAAAAAAGUUAUGGGGUGGGGGAGAGAGAGAUGAGAAACUAAAAUGGCAGGAAGUAAAAUGGCAGAAACAGUGGAGCAACCAUGGCAGAGUGGAAGGUCAGGACUUUUCAAGGUCUGGUCCCUGGUACCUCGUAGACAAUACUGGGCAGAGCAGAGGCAAAGAUGCUUGUAUGAUCAUGCCAUUCCUUCCAUGUUAUAGUAGCAUGUGUCUUUGCAGAGCUUUAGGUGGAUAAAGAGCAGGCUUAUGAGUAACAGAGCUUAAAUGAGAUGUGAAAAGAAUCCCCUAUUCCAUAUGCUCUAGCAGAGGAAUGCAAAAUUCUUUCUCCUAUUUCUGAUAAGCACAUUAAGUAGAGGCUCAAGGAAGCACAUCUGAAUUGCUUCUGAAGGCCAAACAUUACAAUAGGCAGAUACGCUCACAGUUGCAGACCUGACUUCUUCCCUCUGCAAGUUGUCAUGAUAAAUAAGUGAUAGGAUAGUUAGCUUUCAAGCCUGAUUUCAGCUUACUUCUGAGUUGUAUAGAAUUGUACUGUCUUCUUCAGGUAUCCUUUGAAUCCUCCUCAGGAUAAAUCAAAUGUUAUGACAAACUUGCAAAUUUAUCCCCAAAGAAAUUGGUACCGUGAGCCAAAUGACACAAUUACAUUUCACCCUCACGUAGUCCAUCUGGAGUUUCUGUUAAAGUGCAUCAAAUUCCACAUUCGAUUCAUUUCCAUUUUUAUUUCUUUUCUUUUACUAAAAUCCAAACCUUUUUUUUUUUUACACAACCAUACAGUGUCAUCCUGAAUGUCCAGGAUUUAUAUGGCACCACUCCUAUAUGACUGGCACUCAGACACAUGGAGAUACAGGAAUGCAAUUUUUACCACACUGAGGGGUAUACAAAGGACCCUUAAAAUGUGUGCACCUGCCUCCUUUGCUUGUAAAGCUUUGCCCUAUGAACAAAGCACAGAAAGCGCCAAAGGCUCCUGCUAAGACAGCUCACUGCAUCGCUGGCAGGAAUCCUCUUAUGCUAGGAAGCAUUUCCCCCUUGCAGCAGCACCCAGAAAUGUGUCUCAUUUGCCAUCAGCCUUCUAAGUGUCCCACAUCCCCUCCAGUGAUGUCCAUUAGUUUCAUGAUGCAAUCAAAGGCAGAAGUGCGUGCUGCCUUUAGUUCCACGGUUCUUUACCCCAGGGCUAUUUUUAUCAGAUAACGUAGCUGUUGCGCAAAGGACCAGUGGAAGGCGGGGGCAGCAAUGACCACCCCCAACCAAAGGCUCCUCACAACUGCUUUACCCAUUUAAAGAGAAGCCCUCGGGACAAAAGAUGUAAAGAGCAUCGCCUCAUGUCUCCUUUUGGCCUAAGAUAAAACAUAGUCAUUCUGCUCAUCUAAGCCAUUGGCCUCUAUCCAUGUAUCUAUCAUAUGUAUAUGCUAAAUCAUACAAUAAACACUGGCAUUGUGUUCCUAUUAAGAAAUGUUUCCUGCAGUAUCUUUUUUUCCUUCCUGAUUUCUGGAGGGAGAUGGGGAGGGAAGGGC